AUGGAACUUAAUCAUGGCGCUGCAGUAGUUAGAGAAGAAUACCAAGAAAUCAGGAGUGUUUUUAACAACAGAGACCAUUCUGGUAUUUCGGCAGUUAUAUUUGAUCCCCUUGAAGAACUUGUGUGGACAGGAAAUCAAUCGGUAGGUCUUAAGAGAAUCGUUAGGAAAUUUGGUAUGGUCAUAAUGAUUUCUGUGAUCUUAAUUAACGGAGCUUAUUUCAUGUAAAAAUUAUGUUAAAACUAACGAAAUUGAAUUGAAGUGUUUAGGUCAGGGACAUAUUUCACUACAUUACACUGGUUGUAAUAUAGAAAUCUUGUCCCCUUUUUUGUCUGAUCUCUACGCAGAUCUCAUGGUUGAAUAAGAAUUUUGAAACUCAUGGGACGUUGGUUGCCAAAGAACAUUUUAGGUUGGAUUUACGUUGAUAUAUUUUAAAUUGAAAUUGAAAAAUCUAUGCUGCAAAGUUCAGUUUAGAUGAUUAUUACACUGCAGGUUUGUAGAUGGCUACUACAUACAUACAAUAGUAGAACCUUUCUUCAGUGGCCACUGUUAUGGGGGAGUUACAGUGCCACUCAAAAUGAUGUUACGACCCCUAACUCGCCUACCUCGUCUAGACUCGAGAGAUGAGAGUCCUGUGUCAAGAGACGAGACACUCGUCUCUAGAAAAUGUUGUAGGAGACACUUUUGUCGGGUAAGUUGAAAACACUGACCCCCACUCUGCUGACUACUGUACAGAGUACCCUUACAGAUUACCCUAAAAAAAUCAACCAAAUUUACUUCUGCAUGGGAAAUUGAUAGCAAAAACCUGCCUCCACUGCGCUGCAGAUGGAUUCUGCCUUCAUUAACAGCCGCCAUCUUGCUUUUCCCCAGUUUCCUUGACCCAGUCUUUUUUUAGUAUUGCCUCAUUCCUGGGUUCCACACUUGCACGUAGUUUUCACCUGCGUGAUAUCCCAGUCCGUGGUCUUUGUGAAAUAACUGCCAACUGAUGAUAGCUCAAAUUUCAUAAAAUCAGUCAGUGGAUGUAAAAUUAAUACCAAAAAACCCACAGUAGGAGGAAGAGCCAAUUUUGGAAGUAGUAGCCAUCUCACCUAGAAGAGGGGGACAUUGGGGGUAACCAGGGUUCUCAAUAGAAGGCGGCACCCGGCGAUUGAUCGCCGCUUACUUUGGGAUUUAUAGCCGCUUACUUUGUGUUUAAGUCGCUUUUCUUUGCUUUGUUUUGUUCUUCUGCAAGUUUGCUUGAGUUGUUUCCGAAUCGCUCUUUCGUUUCUUGCACGACUGUGAUCCAAACAAAACCGGAUCGAUGAACGCCAUUUUACUAGACUCCAGGCCUUCACGGUGGAACAUUGUAACAAGUCCGUAUGUUCCAAAAUGGCGGCCAAGCAUCGCCACGCGGUGCAGAAAGAACUUACUAGUUUCUUUGGCUUCUCGCAAAGCGCAUCGAAGAAAGCUAAAGGUAAGUUUAAAAUUUUACUGUGCCUUGAUAUUGAAAUAUCAAUUUUAAUUCCUUAAGUGCCAGGACAAAUUUUUUAUCACUCUGAAAGCCGACGUAUAUGAUAAGCCGUCAAGGCCUUACAACAUCAUGUACUAUUAAUAAAGUUUUUCAGUUUUUUCAUCACUGUCAUUAUAGUUGUUUUUAUUUCCUGGAACAAGCCUUACAGCAUUUUAUUUUUCAGGCAAAGAACCUGAGCCCCCACCAACCCCAACAAAUGUUGAAGAAUGUGGUGAGCCAAGUAUUUACAGUUCUUCUUGUGCUGCCGGUUCCCCAAGCAUGGAAAGUUCUUCCUCAAGCAUUUCUCGACCUCUUUCAAGCAGUGCCAGUGGUUGUUCUUUACCAAACCCAGUUUUAUCCAAGCCUGUUAUAGAACCAUGUGAGAUGAGAAAGUUAAUCUCUGAUACGUUUGACUUUGUUGAUGACAUUUCUUGUGCACAUCACUCAUAUUUUCACUGCCUUGAGCAAAAUUGUCAAAGUGUUAGCAAUUCAGAUGCAAGUUUAUUUCAUGGAAAGAAAGAUAAAUUCCAGCACAAAUGGCUCUCUGAUAAAGAGCUCACAUACUGCCACCAGACUGGAUUUUUUUGGCUUUUAUAUGCUGAAGGCAAGGGAGUGUACUGCAUUCUCUGCUCCAAGCACAAAACAAGAAAUAAACAAAACCAGGCUGAUAUCUUUACCGGGAAACCUGGAACGAGAUAUAAGAAAUCUGCAUUAAAAUCACAUGCUGACUCUGAUCGUCACAAGGCAGCCAUUGAAGCAGAGCUACUGCAGAAAAAUUCUCAGUUUGCUAAGGACGUGGCAGAUAGAGCUGCUAAGGGAGACAAGACUAUGUUCUCUGCUUUUAUGUCAGCAUAUUGGCUGGCAAAACAUGAAGUGGCCAACUCCAAACUUUUGUCCCUUCUUAAACUUCUUGAAACAUCUGGAGUAGAGCAUAUGAAAUAUUUUUCAUACAAAGGUGAGGAAACACUUCGUGAUAUUUUUCUAACAAUUGGUGAAGUAAUCCAAGAUACAAUCAUACAACAAGCAACUCAAGCUGGAUGCUAUGAUAUUUUAAUGGAUGAAGUAAGUGAUAUUUCAGUUCUGGAAUUAUUAGUAACUUUCAUACAGUAUGUUCAUGACGGGGAAGUGAAAACAAAUUUCCUUUUUGUUGAAGACCUCCUCAAGGCCUCCAGCUCAGCUGAUGCAAACACUAUCUAUACAGUUGCCACAACAAAGCUUUUGUCUCUCAAACUUGAGCUGAAUAAACUGGCAUCAAUUGUUACUGAUGGAGCAAGUGCGAUGACGGGCCAUAAAUCAGGUGUUGCUGCACUUUUAAAGGAAAGAGUUAACAAGUCCCUCAUCAAUGUUCAUUGCUUAGCUCACUGUCUUGCUCUUUCAUGUACAGAUACUGCAAAGGAUAUAAAGUAUAUCACUACAGUUCAAAGUUGGAUGAAGCAACUGUGGAGAUACUUUGAGAACUCUCCCAAAAGAACAGCACUUUACCUAAAAGUUCAAAUUGAAGUGAAGAAAUUGAGUGUGUCAGACAAGGUUAGCGAGAAAGCUCAUAAGAAAUUGAAGAAAGCUUGCUCAACGAGAUGCCUUUCCUUUGAUGCUUCAACACAAGCAGUGUAUGCUGAUUAUGUAGCUAUUCUCAUUACUCUCUCAGAGUUAUCAGCAAGUGAUGCUACUGCUAAAGGUCUUCUACAUGAAAUAAGAACAACCAAAUUCUUGGGAACAGUGUACAUUUUGAAAGAAGUUCUCCCAGAGCUCUCAAAAUUGAGUAAAACUUUUCAGUACAGCAAUACCAAUUUCUCAACCGUGCAAUCAUCUGUUGACUACACAAUUGACAGGUUGAAGAAAAUUAAGAAGGAGAUGACUCCACUCAAGAAUGUUAAAGCUGAUUUGGAUCCUGUUAAUGGAAGACUUCAACUCAUCUCUGCUGUGCAACAGGACACAAGUAACCAACCAAAUACUUGUGACGAUUCAGCUAAGCCAUCAGUGAUACAGAAGUUGUCAGAGCUUAGACCACUAGAACUGAACCAGGGAACAGAGAAGCAGCUGUCCGACCUGUCAUCCAAGUACAUCACAUGUUUAGUAUCCAACAUCAAUGACAGAUUUCAGGAAUCCUUGCCUGUUGUGAGUGCAUUUCAAGUCUUUGAUCCAUUGCUAGUUCCAGAUGUUGGAGGUGUCGGUUUUUCUGACUAUGGUGAGAUUGAUGUGAAAACAAUGGCAGACCACUUUUAUUCAGAAUCUGCUGUGAAGGCUACCCAGUUGAAAGACGAGUGGAGAAAAUUCAAAUAUGAUCUUGCAAACUGGAAGAAGAAAGUCCCAGAGGAACUCAAGCCCAAGAAGAAGACAGCUCAUGCACAAUCAACAUCUUGUACAGAAGGGACAACUGCCACCUCACCAGGAAUGCAGCAGCAGAAAGAGCAGGCUAAGAAAAAGCCAGAAGUUAAGAAGAGACAACAAUCGUCAACAGAGUGGUGUAUGCAAAGGCUGAUUACCUUGAAACAAGGACUUCAGUUUGAAUUACUACCACAGAUCGCAGAAAUUGCAAGUUCUUUGCCUAUGUCAAAUGUCUGGCCAGAGAGAGGGGCAAGCUGUUUAAAGAGGUUGAAGACAAGGCUCAGAAGCCGAAUAAAUGUUGACAUGCUUAAUACUUUGAUGCUAAUCUCAAUCAAUGGCCCUGACCUUUAUUCUCCUGAAUGUAAUGAAUUGAUUUAAUCAGCUGUUCUUCUGUGGAAUAACAAGAAAAACAGAAGGAAACUCCCUCCUAAAGUUCCUGUUGAAACAGAAUCAACUGUUUUUGUGGCAGUUCCACAUUCAGUUGAUUCAGCUUGUCAGACAGAAGCUUGUGAGACAGAGAGUACUCUGGAGGAUUCUUUUCUCAAUCAACAAUCCAUUUCUGAUGAAAGUGAUGUUAUAUUGGCAUUGGGUCUAUCUCGGGAAGAGAGUGAAUGUGAUUCUGACUUUUAUUCCGACUCGGAGUUUGACUAACUUCAAUUUCAAAAUAGAACAUGCAAACAUCAGCAACGGUAAGGCUAGUAACUUUAUUGUACUUCUCAGCUUCAGAUAACGCUUUAUACACUAACAGGUAUAGGCAUGCAUUCUAGGAAUAUUCCGGACCGGGACCUUAGAUGGUUUGCUUUGACACCUCUGGCUUUGCUGAAGAGCCUCCUACUUUAUCAGUGAUCACCUCCUACUUAAAAAUCUAUUGAGAACCCUGGGUAACCAAUACUGGAAUACUAUUUAUAUUAAGGAAGAUCAUUGCAGUUAUACACGCAACUUUUGCAGUUGCAAAAAGGAAGCCUCAAAAACAUUCUUGUACGGACUUGUACGUAACAGACUUGUACGGGAUUCGAAUCCUGUACAAGCCUGAAUUUUUUUUCCAGGCUUUCUUUUCACAACUGCAAAAGUUGUAUGUACAUGUAUAACUGCGAUGAUCGUCUGUCACAUAAUUUCUUCACUCCGCAGUUCACAUAUAUGAUUUUCAUAUAUUAAUUUUAUAACUUCAAAAAUAAUAUCAUUUUAAUGACAAAUGCCAAAAUACCAUGUCAAAAAUUGACCAAAUACCAAUACUGCAUCUAUGAUUGGUCACAAUUACUUAGGCUUUUUUUCAUCUCUCAUGUUUGUUUAUCUCUAGCAUGUAUACAUCAGUAAUCAACCUCAGACAUUGUGAUAAAUGAUGAGAAGACCUUGAUUUGUUUGGUACAAUGAUCAAACCCCUACCAACAUGUUUCAUCAUAGAUUAACUGUCAGAAAUUGAGUAAUCUGUGACAUUUACCUUGAAGUCUAAAUUCUUAAAAGUAGCACCUUUUAUUAACCUGUACAGCUUACUGAGUUUUGUGUGUGCGCACUGUAUUGACCUGUAUUAGACAGUAGAGCACAAAGAAAUGGUACUACAAUACCGUGAAGGAUAUUCUUUUACCAUGAUACUGUUAGCAGCCAAAAGGAUGAAAAACUGCAUACCGCGGGGUUAGAUUAUCCAGCAAUACCUCACAUUGAAAUCAAAAUUUUUGAAAUACUGCUUGAAAAAAACCUCAAUACUGAAAUACCGUAAAUCUUAGGGGUCCCUGGGCCUCAAUCUUCUAAAAAGGAUCAACACAUAUACUGGGGACCAAGUUAGGUUGUAAUAAGAAAUACUGGGUCGAGGAAAAAGCAAGAUGGUGGCUGUUUAUUUAGUAGGAAUGAGGAUAGGUUUCUUGUAUCUCUUUGCACCCUAAAAAGUGAAUUAGGUUGACCUUUUAUUGUAAUCCCUAGGGGUACUCUAUGGGUUGGUCUGCGGAGUAGUCCGUAAGGUAGUACGUGGAAUGGGGAUAAGUAGGGUAGUCUGCGUACUGGGGGUCAGUGUUUUCAACUCACCCCACUUUCAUGUGUUACAAACUUUGUGUUUCCAUGCUCUUCCUCAAAUCCUCUGUCAAUGUUUUAGUGAUAAAAACGGUAGACAUGCUUCUUUAUAAUAGCUUUUCUUGAUUCUUUUCCACUCAGCCAACAACUGAAAAACAACAUCCACCUGACUUUUAUUUCUGAGCAUUUCAAGCCUUCUGUUUGGAGUUUUUGAAAAUUUAGUGUGCCAUUAGAAUGGUUUUCAGAAGCCAUUUGAAUAGUUUUUUGCUGACAUGCUCAUCUUGUUCCAGACUAAACCUUCUUCAGUAUUUUGAGUUUUGCAAGUUGAGGACAUGAUCAUGGCUCAUAAAACAUGACAGCACCUUGACAGCAGUGCCCUGGACCUGAACCAAUUAUCCGCAGACUUUUCUGUAGAUUUCAUUCAAAACUUAUUCCAAAAUUGCUGCCUCAAUGAUUCUCACAAGAUGAGAGUCUCAUUUCUUAAGAUGAGAUGCUUUCCCCUUAUAUGAGAUGCCAUUUUUGCUUUUAUUGGCUGUUUUGGAGAGGUUUCCUUGGCAACAGAGAUUAUAUUAGCAGUUGGAGAGGUAGCUUUCAUAUACAACCUGAACAUAUGGACUCUUUUUUUUUCUGUUUUGUUUGACUCGUUCAGGGCUACUUGGCAUCAUAUUUUGGUCCUGAGUUACAGAAGUAUACAUCAUUCAAAGUUCAUCAUGAAGAAAUCCGUCACGUAACAGCCAAUGACCAUGGAAUACUCUCUCUUUCCUGCAAUGAGCUCUGCUUCUCUUCUCGGCCAGGACUACGAAUCUUUAGGCUCAGGUAAGAAUUACAGUAAUGCAAAAUGAUAAUAAUAAUGAUAAUAGUAAUAGUGAUAGCCCAAGAUCAAAGCCUCCUAACAUGCUGUACCAAUACAACAUCUUAAAGAAGCCUGACGUGGACCCAAAAUGCAGACUGUGUGGCCGUUUCGACAAGACCAUUGACCACCUGCUGGUCUCAGGAUGCCCUGAACUGGCUAAAACUAAAUACACCCACUGCCACAACAAGGCAGCUGCACACAUGCACUGGAAAAUCUCCAUAGAGUUUGGCAUUGAGGUGAAGGAACAAUGGUAUGAGCAUGAACCCAAGGCUGUCACCAAGAAUGACAGCAUCACUUUCCUGUGGGACAUGCCCAUCCACAAUGACAGGACCAUAGCAGCUAAUAGGCCAGACAUUGUGCUAAAGAACAAGACGGACAAAACCUGCCUUCUCAUUGACAUGACUAUACCCCUCGACACCAACACCUCAGUCAAAACCACGGAAAAGCUUACCAAAUACAAAGACUUGGAAAUCGAAGUUGAGCGAAUGUGCGGGCUCAAAACAACAACAGUCCCGGUGGUUAUGGGAGCCCUUGGCACCAUCAAGAAGGACAUGGAAAACUACACCAACAAAAUCCCUGGCAACAUCAACAUUCAUGAACUCCAGAAAGUAACUCUCCUUUCUAAAGCCCACCUUCACAGGCGGUUACUCUCCAUCAAGUAGAAACCCUCUUUGCCUCCCAAAGUCCAUGGUUUGGACUCGGAUGUUGAGAGAGAAAAUCAAUCACAAAUACUCUAGUAUAUUUUAUAAUAAUAGUAAUAAUAAUAAUAAUAAUAAUAAUAAUAAUAAUAAUACUGCUACUAAUAAUAAUAGUAAUAAUAACAAUAAUAAUAAUUUUAAUAAUAAUAAUAAUAACAUACACUUUUAGUAUAUACACACUCAGUGAUUUUGGUGAUUCAAGCAAUCUGAUUGCAUCGCUAUCUCGGACUAUGCCGUUAUAUUCACCGCUCUAGGUGGUGAAUAUAAAGCAGAACAAAAUUGCUGUUGUAAACUGGGUGUUUUGCUAAAGUUUCAUAGUAAGAACUUUUUGAAAAUACAAGAAUAUCCUAGUGUUGAUGACUUUGAAGGUAAGAAAAGACUUCAUGGUGUUUAAACAGUGUGACUUAUUUUGAAGUGGUUUACUGUAGCUGACUUUUUGUACACUCGAAGCAAUGUUUACCACUACAGAGGAAAGCAAGGCUGCUUUGUCCCUGUUUUGUGAACUCGGAAGACCAAUUUUGCCUAUAAAUAGAACUUAAUUUAUGGAGAAAAAAGGCAGGCAAAUAUUUUCAAAAAUUGUACGUGCCAGCAAGUUAACAAGGCAAAGAACACUUCAGAUAAACAACGCUCACCUUGAUGGUAGCCGCUGUUGACAGCAUUUGCAAGAAGCAACGAAAAAAACUUUCUCAUUCACGGUGAGUUGACAGAAACAAAUAAAGCUCUAUGUUUCUUCUCAGGAUUGGGUAGUCAUUUAAACUUUCAACGUUUUCUUUUAAACUGUUGAUGCUAAAGCUUACUAAAAUCGAUACAAAAAGAUUAAAACUAUCAUUUGCCAUGUCUGAAGAUACUCUAAACUUUUUGUGCAACUACUGUUUACGGCUUCGUGUUCACGCAUGAAUACAUCCAUCAAUCAAACUCAUUGUUUUUUCAAUGGUUUCCUUUCUGAUUCUGUUGAGAUCACUUUUUGUGAAUAUACUAAAACAAAUAUUCACCUCUGGCUCAGUUAAUAUUGUUGAAUAAUCCCCAAUUAUUCAACAAUAUUAACUUCGCCUUCGGCAAAUAAUUUUUGAAUAUACAUGUAGGCCUUGAUCCAAAGCUCUUUACAAUACCAAUAGUAACAUUACAAUAGCCUAACCUAAUAGAACAUUACAAUGACUUAAUUGUUAAAAAUGUUACAAGGAAUUAAGUGAGGGUUGUUGGGAGAAUGAACGCUGUUUGGACAUUAUAUUACAAAAAAAUAUUCUUCAACACCAACAAUUUGUUUACAGUUAUGCAGUGCUUUUGAAACCGAAUAACAGCAAACGUCACUGAUAAGGGAUCCAGAUGGGUUCUGAGAGCUCUGCAUAACUUUCAUCAAAUUGUUCCAAAUGGUGAAGCAUAUUUUUCUGUGACUGCUACAUGCGAUGAAACCUACACCUGUGUAGCACAAAUGCAACCUCGUUGAAUUUAACAAUUGAGUAUAUUAAUGAGAAGAGACCUAUGCCACUAGGGACUUAGCCUGUAGGGGUCACUGAUUUUAGCCAGGAUAAUUCACUUUGUGAUCUCAAAAACUGUUUAACUCAUGUAGACAGCAAGAAAAUAAUUUAAAUAGUGGCAAGUAGUUGAACUGCAAUUUUUACGGUUCCUGGCACAUUACAUACCAUAAACUGCCGCUUAUACAUGUAAGCCCUGGGCUUCUUAAGGGGUUUUAGAGGGCUUAUACAUGUAUCUGAGGGAGCUUAGGGAUCGGGCCAUUAUUUUUCUACAUAGCACUAUUAUAUUUUGGAUUGUAGAGUAGCACACGGUGCUAGUAUCUCCAAACUACAUAAUUAUUAAUAUAAAAAAUAACAAAGAUCUAAAGCCCCAAAAAGGGCCUAACUUGCAUAAUAAAUUGAAAUUAUUUCAAUACAUUUGAAUGAGGGCUAAUAAUUAUCCGGGGAGGGGACGCGGGGAGCUUAUAACUGAAUGUAUUUUCCUGGUUACGAGCAGAUAGGCCUUUAACGGAUCAUUAUACCUUUCUAGGAAACUGCCCACCUACCCCUCCCCUAAACCAACAUUUUGCCAUUAGUAAGAAGUAAGUGUUAAUGUUGGCUUAGGGGAGGGGUGGGAGGCUUAUAACUGAGGACGGGAGCAGCAGUUUAUGGUAUAUAAUCAUGUCUCCUCACCUACCCUCUUUGUGCCUCGCGUCACAUAAGGCCUUCACAGAGUCCUUCUGGUUUCUGUAAUAACAGGGUUUACUGGAGAAGGGUUACCAGCCUUCAGCUCAAUACCCAACUUGGAGGACCAGGGGACCACACUUUGCCUGGCCUCUAUCCUUCGACCUGUUCGGCAUGGUUGGCCUUACUAGGAGUCAAAUACUCCAGCCGACAUAGCUCUAUGGGUCACUGAAACACGCAAACCACUCCACCACGGUAAGGUGGUGGUCCCUUUGGAGUGGAUGCAUACAAUCAUGUACCUUGCAGCAAAUGUGACAAACUCUUUGUUUCAUUUCAGUGGGACAGACCUGUCAGACUUGCAGUGCAUGCUGCAGGGGGAUGAGACACAUUUAUGGGUUGCUGGGCAUCAAAACUUGAUGCUGGAAGUAGACUUAAAGAAGGGCCUGGUCAGCAAUAAGGUAAUUCACUUUAGUGUUCAAAAUGCUGCCCUUUAAGGUACCUGUACAUUGUAAUGAUCCAUCGAUCUAGCAAUCCAUCGAUCUAGAGUUCCAUCGUUCUAGCGAUCCAUCGAUCUAGCUAUCCACCGAUCUAGCGAUCCAGCGAUCUAGUGAUCCAGCAAUCUAGCGAUCCAUCGAUCUCCCGAUCCAUUGAACUAGAGAUCCAUCAGUCUAGCGAUCCAUUGAUCUACUCAUCCAUGGUUCUAGCGAUUCAUCAACCUAGCGAUCCACUGAUCUAGUAGCCUGCGAGCAAGCUAUCCUAUUUGAGCGAGCCUCGCGAGAACGCGCGUUCUCGCGAAACUCGCUUCGCUCGCCCAAAUAGGAGAGCUUGCUCGCAGGCUACCGAUCUAGCGAUCUACUGAUUCAUCCAUCGAGCGAUCCAUCGAUCUAGGAUUUCAACGAUCUAGCAAUCCAUCAAUCUACUGAUUCAUCGAUCUAGCGAUCCACCGAUCUAGCGAUCUAGUUAUCCAUUGAUGUAGCGAUCCAUCGAUCGAUCGAUCUGAAGCUGUUUUUGUAAUAGUUUGUGCGCGGUAAUGGAACAUUGAGUUUAUUUUCAGAGUCCCUUAGGUUAUAUGCAACUUCUCGCCUUUCAAAUUUAGAACUAAGAUAGUUUGGAGCCAACCCGUGCAGAGACCUGUAAACCAUCGUAGCUCUUUGAAAUUGUUGCUGGCAAGCUAGGUUUUUCCACCCUAGAAGUUUGAAAAGGUGACCAGCAUCUACGUCAUAGCUUGAGUAGGUCAAAACACGGGCUGCUCUGUUUUGUAGCUUUUGAAUCUUAUUCCGUAAGGUUAUCCCACAGUUUCCCCAAACAAUGUUGCAAUAAUCAAAGUGUGGCUGUAUUAAAGCUUGAUAUAUUAGUUGUAAGGUCGCCUGAGGGACAAGGUGCCUUAUUCGUUUUAUGGCCCCAACACCAGAAGCGACUUUCUUUGUUACUUUCUCGAUAUGGCCACUCCAAUCAAGUCUGUCAUCGAUGGUCACUCCAAGUGAUUUUGCAGUAGUGACCUGGCUAACUUCAAAAUCAUUAAUUGCAAAUCUCGGGGACUCUGUGAGAGUACUUAGCCUCUGCCUAGAUAAGCAUAAAUUCGGUUUUAGUCAUAUUUAGAGUAAGUUUGUUUGCUCUCAGCCAAUUGUGAACAUUUUCUAAAUCUUGAUUUAGAUGCAACUGAAUAUUGUCUGCAUUAUCACCUGCGUACGUAAGGUGGGUGUCAUCAGCGUACAUCCUCGGCUCACAAUUUGAAAGACAGUUUGGAAGAUCGUUGAUGUAUAACAGAAAUAAUAAUGGACCUAAAAUCGUCCCCUGGGGAACACCACAACUUAAUAAACAGCUUUGAGAGAGCGAUCCGUUGAUGGAGCACAUUUGAGUACGAUUCUCUAAAUACGACUUAAACCAUUGGUGCGCGUUACCAUAUAUGCCGUAAUUGCUUAAUUUUGAUAAAAGGAUGUCAUGGUCAACUGUGUCGAAGGCCUUUUUGAGAUCUAGGAAAACAACGGCGUUAAUUUUACCGCGGUCAAUAUUGUACGCCCAAGUGUCCGUGGCCUCAAGGAGAGCCGUGACAGUUGAGUGAAUAGCGCGAAAGCCUGAUUGAUAUUUACAGAUUAUAUUGUGCUCUUCUAGGUAGGCAUAUAAUUGAUCAUAGACGAUUCUUUCAAAGACCUUGGCCAUAACUGAGAUCACCGAAAUUGGACGAUAAUUGUUUAAGUCGUCCCGAUCGCCUUGUUUAAAUAGUGGGGUGACCUUUGCGCAUUUCCAGUCAUCCGGAAAUAUGCCUUGACUUAUUGACUGGUUAAAAAUAUCACGGAUAGGAAUGCAAAUGAGAUCUGCACAUUCCCGAAUGAGCCUAGCAGAUAUCUUGUCAAGGCCAGCUGCCUUUGACUUAUUUAGACGAUUCAAAAGUGAGAGAACUUUAUUUGUACUGGUCGGAUGGAGCUGAAACCGUUUAUCUGUGCCAGUGAGGUACUUUUGGUAACCAUCACUAUUUGAGGAAUCAAUAUUGCUAGCAAGUUCUGGACCGAUAGUAGCAAAGUGAUUAUUAAAUUGGUUCGACAGCACAGUUGGAUUUGUUAUUGAUACUCCAUUUACUUUCAGAGAUGUCACCGAUUUUUUUCCCAGAUUUUCGCGAAGUAAGUUCAUUGAUAGUCUGCCAGGUCUUUUUAGAAUCGCCCGUAUGCUUGUUAAAACUAUUUUGAUAAUAGGCUUGCUUGGCUAAUCUGAUUUCGCUAUUUACUAUAUUGCGUUGUUUUUUUAAAAAGUGACCAGUCAUUUGAAUCAUUCGAUUUACUUGCUUUAAUCUUUAGAAUAUCCCGAUCAUGCAUUCGUUUUUUAAGCUCAGAUGUAAUCCGGAACUACGCGUGCGAACACGCAUUGUCCUCAAGGGAGCAUGCUUGUUAACAAUAGAUAGAAACGAGCAUUUCCAUUGUAGCCACAUUUGAUUGGGAUCGGUUGAAUUGUAUAUGUGAUCCCAACAAUGAGAUGCAAUAUCACUCCGAAAAUUUAUUCGAUUAAAUUUUCGAAAGUUUCUGUAGGUUAUAGCAUUGUGCCCACCAGACAUUCCAUUCACGGAUAAUUUUCGAUAGGCAAAAACUAUGCUAUGAUCGCUAAUACUGAUAUGAUGAACCCCCGAACACACAACUUUAUCUGGACAAUUAGUAUAGAUUACAUCAAUCAAAGUUGCAGAAGUCGGAGUUAUUCUGGUUGGUUCAGUGAUAAGUUGCUGUAGACCAUAAAUAUCACUGAUAUUCAUUAAUUUGCAUGUAUUAUUGUCAUAUCGAGUAGCAAUCAUGUCGCAGUUCAGGUCUCCCAUUAGAAAAUAUUCAAUAUUUUCGGAAUCGAGUUUCCCAAUUAAAGUUUCGAAAGGUGAAAAAAUACCAAUAGGAGAAUCAGGUGGUCUAUACCACGUGGCAACAACAAACGGUUUAGAUCUAGGUUUUUGAAUUUCCAGACAUAGAUUUUCAAGAGUGUCCAUGUUUAAAUCAUUUCGUAUGGUAAAAUUUAUUGAACUUUUCACAUAGAAACACACUCUUCCUCCACCGUUUGUAAUUCUAUCCAUCGAUCUAGCGAUUCAUCGAUCUACUGAUCCUUCGAUCUAGUGAGCCAUCGAUGUAGCGAUCAAUCGCUCUAGCGAUCCAUCGACCUAGCGAUCCAUCGAUCUAGCGAUCCAGCGAUCUAGCGAUCCAGCGAUGUAUUGAUCCAUCCAUCUAGCAAUCCAUCGAUCUAGCUAUCCACCGAUCUAGCUAUCCAGCGAUCUACUGAUCCAUCGAUCUCCAGAUCCAUCGAUCUACCGAUCCAUUAAACAUGUUCUAGCGAUCCAUCAAUCUACUGAUCCAUCGAUCUAGCGAUUCAUCGAUGUACUGAUCCUUCAAUCUAGCGAGUCAUCGAUCUACUGGUCCAUCGAUGUAGCGAUCAAUCGCUCUAGCGAUCCAUCAAUCUAGCGAUCCAUUGAUCUACUGAUCCAUGGUUCUAGCGAUUCAUCGAUCUAGCGAUCCCCCUAUCUAGCGAUCUACUGAUCCAUCCAUCAAGCGAUCCAUCGAUAUAAUGAUCCAUUGAUCCACUGAUCCAUCGAUCUAGCGAUCCAACGAUCUAGCGAUCCAGCGAUCUACUGAUCCAUCGAUCUAGGAAUUCAAUGAUCUAGCAAUCCAUUAAUCUACUGAUCGAUCCAUCUAGCGAUCCACUGAUCUAGCGAAUCCAGCGAUCUACUGAUCCAUUGAUUUAGUGAUCUACUGAUCCAUCGUACUAGCGAUCCAUCGAUCAAGCGAUCCAUCCUUCUAGCGAUCCAUUGAUGUAACGAUCCACCGAUGUCGCGUUCUACUGAUCUACCAUCCAGCGAUCCACCGAGCUAGCGAUCCAUCGAUCUACUGAUCCAUCGAUCUAGCGAUUCAUCGAUGUACUGAUCCAUCGAUCUACAGAGCCAUCGAUCUAGCGAUCCACCGAUCUAGCAAAUCCAGCGAUCUACUUAUAGAUCGAUCUAGCAAUCCAUCAAUCUAGCGAUCCAGUGAUCUACUGAUCCAUUGAUCUAGUGAUCCAUGGAUCUAGGGAUCCACCGAUCUAGCGAUCCAUCGAUCUACUGAUCCAUCGAUCUAGCGAUCCAUCGAUCUACUGAUCCAUCGAUCUAGCGAUUCAUCGAUCUACUGAUCCUUCGAUCUACUGAGCCAUCCAUCUACUGAUCCAUCGAUGUAGCGAUCAAUCGCUCUAGCGAUCCAGCGAUCUAGCAAUCCACCGAUCUAGCGAUUAAGCGAUCUAUUGAUCCACCGAUCUAGCUAUCCAGCGAUCUACUGAUCCAUCAAUCUACAGAUCCAUCUAUCUACCGAUCCAUUGAUCUACCGAUCCAUUGAAGUAGAGAUCCAUCAAACUAGCGAUCCAUUGAUCUACUGAUCCAUGGUUCCAGCGAUUCAUUGAUCUAGCGAUCCACCUAUCUAGCAAUCUACUGAUCCAUCCAUCAAGCGCUCCAUCGAUGUAAUGAUCCAUCGAUCUACUGGUCCAUCGCUCUAGCGAUCCAACGAUCUAGCGAUCCAGCGAUCUACUGAUCCUUCGAUCUAGGAAUUGAAUAAUCUAGCAAUCCAUUAAUCUACUGAUCCAUCGAUCUAGCGAUCCACUGAUCUAGCGAAUCCAGCGAUCUACUGAUCCAUUGAUUUAGUGAUCUACUGAUCCAUCGUACUAGCGAUCCAUCGAUCAAGCGAUCCAUCCUUCUAGCGAUCCAUUGAUGUAACGAUCCACCGAUGUCGCGUUCUACUGAUCUACCAUCCAGCGAUCCACCGAGCUAGCGAUCCAUCGAUCUACUGAUCCAUCGAUCUAGCGAUUCAUCGAUGUACUGAUCCAUCGAUCUACAGAGCCAUCGAUCUAGCGAUCCACCGAUCUAGCAAAUCCAGCGAUCUACUUAUAGAUCGAUCUAGCAAUCCAUCAAUCUAGCGAUCCAGUGAUCUACUGAUCCAUAUAUCUAGGUAUCUAUCGAUCUAGGCAUUCGCCGAUCUAGCAAUCCAUCAAUCUACUCAUCCAUCGAUCUAUUGAUCCAUCGAUCUACUGAUCAAUCGUUCUAGCAAUCCAUCGAUCAAGCAAUCCACCGAUCCAGCGAUCCAGCGAUCUAUUGAUCCAUCGAUCUAUACAUCUAUCGUUCUAGCGAUCCAGCGAUCUAGCUAUCCACCGAUCUAGCGAUCCAGCGAUCUACCGAUCCGUUGAUCUAGACAUCCAUCAAUCUAGCGAUCCAGCGAUCUACCGAUCCACUGAUCGAGCAAUCUACUGAUCCAUCGAUCUAGUGAUCCAUCGAUCUACUGAUCCAUCGAUCUAGCGAUCCCGCGAUCUAGGAAGUCAAUGAUCUAGUGACCCAUAUAACUGCUGAUCCAUCGAUCUAGCGAUCAGCCGAUCUAGCGAUCUACUGAUCCAUCGAUCUAACGAUCCACCGAUCUACUGAUCCAUCGAUUUAGUGAUCCAUCGAUCUAGCGAUUCAUCGAUCUACUGAUCCAUCGAUCUAGCGAUCCAGCGAUCUAUUGAUGCAUCGAUCUAGUAAUCCAUCGAUCUAGAGAUCCAUCGUUCUAUCGAUCCAUCGAUCUAGCUAUCCACCGAUCUAGCGAUCCAGCGAUCUACUGAUCCGUGAAUGGAGCGAACCAUCGAAUUAGCGAUCCAUCGGUCUAGCGAUCUUUCGAUAUAGCGAGCCAUCGUUCUAGCGAUCCUUCGAUAUAGCGAGCCAUCGUUCUAGCGAUCCACCGAUCUAGCAAAUCCAGCGAUCUACUUAUAGAUCGAUCUAGCAAUCCAUCAAUCUAGCGAUCCAGUUAUCUACUGAUCCUUUAAUCUAGUGAUCCAUCGAUCUAGGCAUUCACCGAUCUAGCAAUCCAUCAAUCUACUGAUCCAUCGAUCUAUUGAUUCAUCGAUCUACUGAUCAAUCGAUCUAUUGAUCCUUUGACCUAGCGAGCCAUCGAUCUAUUGAUCCAUCGAUCUACUGAUCCAUCGAUGUAGCGAUCAAUCGCUCUAGCGAUCCAUCGACCUAGGAAUCCACCGAUCUAGCGAUCCAGCGGUCUAUUGAUUCUUCGAUUUAGCAAUCCACCAAUCUAGCGAUCCACCAAUCUAGCAAUCCAGCGAUCUACUGAUCCAUCGAUCUACCGAUCCAUUGAUCUACCGAUCCAUUGAACUAGAGGUCGAUCAAUCUAGCGAUUCAUUGAUCUACUGAUCCAUGGCUCUAGCGAUUCAUCGAUCUAGCGAUCCACCUUUCUAGCGAUCUACUGAUCCAUCCAUCAAGCGAUCCAUCGAUCUACUGAUCCAUCGAUCUGGCGAACCAACGAUCUAGCGAUCCAGCGAUCUACUGAUCCAUCGAUCUAGGAAUUCAAAGAUCUAGCAAUCCAUUAAUCUACUGAUCCAUCGAUCUGACGAUCCACUGAUCUAGCGAAUCCAGCGAUCUACCUAUACUUCGAUCCAGCAAUCUAUCAAUCUAGCGAUCCAGCGAUCUACUGAUCCAUUGAUUUAGUGACCCAUCGAUCUACUGAUCCAUCGUACUAGCGAUCCAUCGAUCAAGUGAUCCUUCGUUUUAGCAAUCCAUUGAUGUAGCGAUCCACCGAUAUCGCGUUGUACUGAUCUAUCCAUCUAGCGAUCCACCGAUCUAGCGAUCCAUCGAUCUACGGAUCCAUCUAUCUACUGAUCCAUCGAUCUAGCGAUUCAUCGAUCUACUGAUCCAUGGAUCUAGCGAUCCAUCGAUCUAGCCAUCCAUCGAUCUAGUGAUCCAUCGAUCUAGGGAUCCAGCGAUCUACCGAUCCGUUGAUCUAGACAUCCAUCAAUCUAGCGAUCCAUCGAUCUAGCGAUCCACUGAUCGAGUAAUCUACUGAUCCAUCGAUCUAGUGAUCCAUCGAUCUAACGAUCCAUCGAUCUAACGAUCCAGGAAGUCAAUGAUCUAGUGACCCAUAUAACUGCUGAUCCAUCGAUCUAGCGAUCCAUCGAUCUAGCGAUCCACUGAUCGAGCAAUCUACUGAUCCAUCGAUCUAGUGAUCCAUCGAUCUAACGAUCCAUCGAUGUAACGAUCUAGGAAGUCAAUGAUCUAGUGACCCAUAUAACUGCUGAUCCAUCGAUCUAGCGAUCCACCGAUCUAGCGAUCUAUUGAUCCAUCGAUCUAACGAUCCACCCAUCUACUGAUCCAUCGAUUUAGUGAUCCAUCAAUUUAGUGAUCCAUCGAUCUAGCGAUUCAUCGAUCUACUGAUCCAUCUAUCUAGCGACCCAGCGAUCUAUUGAUGCAUCGAUCUAGUAAUCCAUCGAUCUAGAGAUCCAUCGUUCUAUCGAUCCAUCGAUCUAGCUAUCCACCGAUCUAGCGAUCCAGCGAUCUACUGAUCCGUGGAUGGAGCGAACCAUCGAAUUAGCGAUCCAUCGGUCUAGCGAUCCUUCGAUAUAGUGAGCCAUCGUUCUAGCCAUCCACCGAUCUAGCAAAUCCAGCGAUCGACUUAUAGAUUGAUCUAGCAAUCCAUCAAUCUAGCGAUCCAGUGAUCUACUGAUCCAUUGAUCUAGUGAUCCAUCGAUCUAGGCAUUCACCGAUCUAGCAAUCCAUCAAUCUACUGAUCCAUCGAUCUAUUGAUCCAUCGAUCUACUGAUCAAUCGAUCUAGCGAUUCAUCGAUCUAUUGAUCCUUUGACCUAGCGAGCCAUCGAUCUAUUGAUCCAUCGAUCUACUGAUCCAUCGACCUAGGAAUCCACCGAUCUAGCGAUCCAGCGGUCUAUUGAUUCUUCGAUCUAGCAAUCCACCAAUCUAGCGAUCCAGCGAUCUACUGAUCCAUCGAUCUACCGAUCCAUUGAUCUACCGAUCCAUUGAACUAGAUCGAUCAAUCUAGCGAUUCAUUGAUCUACUGAUCCAUGGCUCUAGCGAUUCAUCGAUCUAGCGAUCCACCUUUCUAGCGAUCUACUGAUCCAUCCAUCAAGCGAUCCAUCGAUCUACUUAUCCAUCGAUCUAGCGAUCCAGCGAUCUACUGAUCCAUCGAUCUAGGAAUUCAAAGAUCUAGCAAUCCAUUAAUCUACUGAUCCAUCGAUCAGAUUGAUCGAUCUAGUUCAAUGGAUCGGUAGAUCAAUGGAUCGGUAGAUCGAUGGAUCAGUACAUCGCUGGAUCGCUAGAUUGGUGGAUUGCUAGAUCGAAGAAUCAAUAGACCGCUGGAUCGCUAGAUCGGUGGAUUCCUAGGUCGAUGGAUCGCUACAUCGAUGGAUCAGUAGAUCGAUGGCUCGCUAGGUCAAAGGAUCAAUAGAUCGAUGAAUCGCUAGAUCGAUUGAUCAGUAGAUCGAUGGAUCAAUAGAUCGAUGGAUCAGUAGAUUGAUGGAUUGCUAGAUCGGUGAAUGCCUAGAUCGAUGGAUCACUAGAUCAAUGGAUCAGUAGAUCACUGGAUCGCUAGAUUGAUGGAUUGCUAGAUCAAUCUAUAAGUCGAUCGCUGGAUUUGCUAGAUCGGUGGAUCGCUAGAACGAUGGCUCACUAUAUCGAAGGAUCGCUAGACCGAUGGAUCGCUAAUUCGAUGGUUCGCUGCAUCCACGGAUCAGUAGAUCGCUGGAUCGCUAUAUCGGUGGAUAGCUAGAUCGAUGGAUCGAUAGAACGAUGGAUCUCUAGAUCGAUGGAUUACUAGAUCGAUGCAUCAAUAGAUCGCUGGAUCGCUAGAUAGAUGGAUCAGUAGAUCGAUGAAUCGCUAGAUCGAUGGAUCACUAAAUCGAUGGAUCAGUAGAUGGGUGGAUCGUUAGAUCGAUGGAUUAGUAGAUCACUAGAUCGGUGGAUCGCUAGAUCGAUGGAUCAGCAUUUAUAUGGGUCACUAGAUCAUUGACUUCCUAGAUCGUUAGAUCGAUGGAUCGUUAGAUCGAUGGAUCACUAGAUCGAUGGAUCAGUAGAUUGCUCGAUCAGUGGAUCGCUAGAUCGAUGGAUCAGCAGUUAUAUGGGUCACUAGAUCAUUGACUUCCUGGAUCGUUAGAUCGAUGGAUCGUUAGAUCGAUGGAUCACUAGAUCGAUGGAUCAGUAGAUUACUCGAUCAGUGGAUCGCUAGAUCGAUGGAUCGCUAGAUUGAUGGAUGUCUAGAUCAACGGAUCGGUAGAUCGCUGGAUCCCUAGAUCGAUGGAUCACUAGAUCGAUGGAUCGCUAGAUCCAUGGAUCAGUAGAUCGAUGAAUCGCUAGAUCGAUGGAUCAGUAGAUAGAUGGAUCCGUAGAUCGAUGGAUCGCUAGAUCGGUGGAUCGCUAGAUGGAUAGAUCAGUACAACGCGAUAUCGGUGGAUCGCUACAUCAAUGGAUUGCUAAAACGAAGGAUCACUUGAUCGAUGGAUCGCUAGUACGAUGGAUCAGUAGAUCGAUGGGUCACUAAAUCAAUGGAUCAGUAGAUCGCUGGAUCGCUAGAUUGAUAGAUUGCUGGAUCGAAGUAUAGGUAGAUCGCUGGAUUCGCUAGAUCAGUGGAUCGUCAGAUCGAUGGAUUGCUAGAUCUUUGAAUUCCUAGAUCGAUGGAUCAGUAGAUCCGUCGAUCUAGUGAUCCAUCGAUCUAGGGAUCAAUCGUUCUAGCGAUCCAUCGAUCAAGCAAUCCACCGAUCCAGCGAUCCAGCGAUCUAUUGAUCCAUCGAUCUAUACAUCUAUCGUUCUAGCGAUCCAGCGAUCUAGCUAUCCACCGAUCUAGCGAUCCAGCGAUAUACUGAUCUAUUGAUGUAGCUAUCCACCGAUCUAGCGAUCUAGCGAUCUACCGAUCUACCUAACGAUCCAUCGAUCUACUGAUCCAUCGAUCUAGCGAUCCCGCUAUCUAGGACGUCAAUGAUCUAGUGACCCAUAUAACUGCUGAUCCAUCGAUCUAGCGAUCCACCGAUCUAGCGAUCUACUGAUCCAUCGAUCUAACGAUCCACCGAUCUACUGAUCCAUCGAUUUAGUGAUCCAGCGAUCUAUUAAUGCAUCGAUCUAGUAAUCCAUCGAUCUAGAGAUCCAUCGUUCUAUCGAUCCAUCGAUCUAGCUAUCCACCGAUCUAGCGAUCCAGCAGUCUACUGAUCCGUGGAUGGAGCGAACCAUCGAAUUAGCGAUCCAUCGGUCUAGCGAUCCUUCGAUAUAGCGAGCCAUCGUUCUAGCGAUCCAUUAAUCAGUUAGGGUACUGUCAGUAGUGCUUUAGAUAGAGCGAUUUUCGUAUGACCUUAAAAUGAAACGCGCGAACAAAACAGAAACAAUAAACGAACGGAAAUAGAGCGAUUUGAUUGGUUUAUCCAACUGAUACAAACCGGCGUGGCUUUUGGUUGGUUAAGCGAGCGCUCGGGUGAAAAAAUUUCACGCGCGAGAACUUUCUAGAAAUCAAUCGGCUUCGCUUUGACGUCAUACUGCAACACGAUUGGCCAAUCGAACAAUGCCUUCUUCAUGUUAGGGUUUCUUUGGCGGGAAAACGACGAGGCUAUAAUUUAAUCUUUCCAUCCGUUGGCCUAUAAAAGAAAUAACGAACACUUACCGAUUUUCAUAGGAAAAUCGCUCUAAGUAGCAUGUAGUUUACCCAUACUUUAAAUACUUAGCCAACUUUCCAAAAGUCAGAACUUUCUCCUAGCCGUGGUUACAGUCCAACUAAUUGUAAAGAGUUCAUUAUUUAAGAAAGACUUUUUAUUGUUGAUGUUUUUUUAACUGUAGACUGAGGUGGAACCUGGAACUGUUGUAAUGAAACAGUCUGCUCGUUAUCUUUGCUGCGGUGACACAGCUGGCAAGGUAAUGUACGGUCUUUUGUUGUUUUAUCUGUGACCCCCUAUUCACACCAAAGCUUAAACAUGUCUGUUUAGCUUAAGAUGGUUGAAAGUUAUUUUUUUCUUUAUGAAAGCUGCUUACUGUACUUUUAGUGAUGCAAAUUUAGUGUAAUUAUAUAACAUGUUAAAUUUUCAUUUAAAUUUUUUGUAAAAUCCUGCGUUUAAGUUUUCUGUUAAUGAUUUUCAUUUUUUAAAACCUAGUUUAAUUAAACAUAUUUAGCUGGUGUGCAUGGGGUCUUAAUAUUAAUAAUGACCCCGACGUGUUAUGCAGACUGCAACAUUUAAGUCAAACCUGCCAUGUACAACACAUUCUCGUAAGCCACAAAGGGGGAAAGAGCGAGUUAUAUUACACAUGAGCUUAAUGUAGCGCUUGUUUCUUCUCAUCAUCGCUUAAAGAACGAGGUAUGUUACACGUUCAUUCCGCUUGUUUCGUCUCAUGAUUGUUUAAAGAACGAGAUAUAUGGCACAAACUCUUUAUUUAACAAAAAUUAACUUUGUUUCUCUGUACACUUCACCUGAUAAAAUUUUGGCCACAUGGCUUAGCAUGACUCAGCAUUUCGAACGACUUAACUCUGGUUUCGGGCGACAUACAGUAACUUCGGGCGAGAUGACUUUCGGGCAACUUGACCGGUUGGUUACCACCCGAAAGUUAGCCGGUGAACAAGCUCUCCGGUCAAAAAAGUUAGGAAACUUGGUUGAUUUCCCCCGCCUCCCCUACACAAAAGGAAGUGAUCGUCAUAGUGAUUGGCUGCAGCUAUAAUUUAUUCAGGUACACGGUUUUUGACGUUUUUGGGUGGUAAGAUUGGUGCGCUGCAAAUCUGAGAUUCCUCAGGCAUUCACGAACUGCUUUACUAAAGAAUUCACAAAGUGACGCACGGUGUAAGAAGCACAACGGAAACCGCCUUACUAAAUAUGUUGAUUUUGUUGACAGUAAUGACUCAGUAACCGCAUUAGGUUUUUGUAAAACUGUGAUGUGUUGUUAGUAAAUGUGUAUACCAGUAGUUCUCUCAAAACGCAAAGUGCUAUGUAACUGGAAUUAAAAGGAACAGUUUAAUUAUCCCAAUAGUAAAUGAUCGUUACAUUUGAUUUACAUACGCCAUGUUUCCUAUCAGGUUCGGCUGAGAGAUCCUUCUUCCUUAACCUGGGAACAUGUGUUAGAUGCACAUACUGGGACAUUGUCUGAUUUCGACGUGUCAGGAAAUCUUUUGGUCACUUGUGGCUUUUGUUCAAGGUAAAAUUAACUUGCUGUCAGUGCAUUAUUAUCUGUAGGACCCCUUUUAACCCCGUAAGUUCCAAUAUCCACAUACAAAUUCUCCAGACUGACCUUCAGGCGUAAUCUCUGGAGAAUUAGUUGAGAGAAUUUGAUAAGAGGUCAAAACAUUUUCCCUUUGGUGAUCAUUUUAUUAAUUCUCAUUCCUUUUCUCUUAAUUAUAUAUUUUUAAGAUUGUUAGAGGAAAAUUGAUGGCGUUAUAUGUUACUUGUAUACCUUUUCAAGCCAAGGGCUUAUAGCCGUGCGCUGUGCGCUUGGUACAUUGGGCUCAGUAAUGACUAUAGGUUCAUAAAAAUCAGCCACUCAGCGCGCGAGAAAUAUUUCAGUUAUGGUAAAAAAUUUAUGCAGAGUUACUGGAUCAUACUCAACGAGGUACAUCAGUGCCUGAUCGUUUUCAAAUUUUGGUUUUAUUUUUAGAAUGGGACGUCUCGCCGUUGACAGAUUUCUGAUGGUUUAUGAUCUGAGAACUCUGAGGGCGUUGCCGCCUCUUCAGGUAUGCUAGGGAUCUUACGACGGUGACGGCAACGGAAAAACGUAAAACACAACAGGUUUAGGAAUCAAAAACAACACAACUCUACCAUGCAUCACGGUUUUCUCCGUCCUUGCCCAACUACGACGUGAAAUUACUAAAUAAGCCCUUUGCAGCUAGCCAUUCACGUGGUACAAAACUGCCAUGGUGGAUUCGCAGUGGGACAAGACAAACGAAAAACAUACUUUAUUAUAAAUGGUAAUUUCCUUUGUUUGUCUUGUCCCAGUAAGGAAGGCUUUUGCUCUGCCGUAUGGCGGUUUUGUACCACGUGAAUGGCUAGCUGCAAAGGGCCUGUUAAGUUAACUUGGGUACGUGAAGGGCAAGGCAGUAAAUUUUACUAUAUCUGUCUGAAUGCGGACGCGGUUCCAGCCAAAUUUCUAUAAGUAACUGGGCGAAUUGGAAUAACCACGAAAAAUUUUUAAAGGAUGCGAAGUCUAUUUUUUCUGCGACUUUUUUAUUGGCGGCUGUUAAUCCUGGAUCGUAAGGUCUCUCGAAAGGGUGCUUUUCCGGGGAACGAUAUAUUUUUUUAGCUUGUAACUGUAUUAAAGGGACAGGUGCACGGUUCAGCGAAUGCUCAUUUAUCAAAAUGCUGUUUUUCUGCCGGGACAUGCUGUAUCGUCUAUGCAAGCAAUAUGAUCAUGUCAUAAUGUUGUUAAAGAACCAAUCUGCACAAUCCCCAUCCUCGGCGACCCAGGGGCAGUCAGUCGGGUCGAUAAAAUGUUCGUGGUGAAAGUUUACUGUAAGAUCGAGACGAGCCCCUGGGCACUUACUCUUACCGAACCAGUUCCAGAAGCGUUUGAAUUGCCUGCCUCUGAUUGGCCAGAAAAAAAAUUUUUCUGGCCAAUCAGCGAAGAGAAGCUGCCGGGUGACUCUCGUGUUUUCUUACACGACGUAGUUUUCCUCAUCGAUCGCUAUAGUUGCGUAGCGCGUUCAACGGGAAAGUUUCCCGAGGAAAGUUUCAGAACAAAAUCUUAACAACCCGCAAAAACUACAACCUUUAGCACGGCUACAAGAAACAAACACUCUCCGAUGAAUUUUUAAGGCGGAUCUUUCCAAGGUAUCGUAAAUUUUUAUUGCUGAUACGAUACGCGAUGCAUGACUUUCACUUUCCACACCUUAAUUUGCUCACAUUGUUUAGUAUACAACUCCAAGCUUACAUUUAGAUGUCCAUGUUCGUUGCACGACUUCUGAAACUUUCUACAGCGUGAAAAUUUCCGUUGCACGGGCCACGCAACUACGUCGAUUGAUCGUGGGAAAUGCCGGCUAGCGCAUAGCUGGAGUGCCUUCUUCUUGCUUUUGCUCCAAAUUUUUAAGCUUAAAAGCUUACAGCAGUUGACCGUACGAAUUCUGCCGAAGUUGAUAGUAGUGUUAACUUUAGAUUCGAGGGAAACGUCCAGCAAGCGCUUGAAGAAGGCUUGCAAAGAUUUGUUAUUGAGAAGAUUGUGAAAAGAAGAGAUGUUCUUGGGCAAUUGAUAGAAGAGUCUAACCUUCCAAAUGUUGCCUGUAAGCUAGGGGGUUUAAAAAUCGUUAGAUGCUAAAGGUUAUGAAUUCCCUUGUAAUCCUUUGGUCAUAGUGAUUUCACCUCUCAUGUCAGUUGUUGAGGACCAGGUAAAGUACUCGAGGUCACUAGGAAUUCAGGCCGCUUACUUAGGGGAAAGCAAAACGAAAGAUCGAGAAAUAUUGAAUGGAUAGGGAACGUUUUCUUUGUUGUAUGGAAGCCCGAAAUCAUUAACUGGGGGACAAGAAAUUCAGGGCAAUGUUCUCUACGGAGUUUUACCAGAAGAAUCCUGUUGCAGAUACAUACAGCUGUUCAUUGGUAAGUAUGCUGAUUUGUUUACUAGAAAGGGUGCUACACUGGAUUCAUUGUGGGCAGUUCUGAAGGGGUAAAAUGGGAUUUAAGUCACUGGCAGGGGGAUUCUCUCACUGAGAAUGGAAAAAAAUGAAAACAAUGGGAAUUGAGGGUUAAACAGUUUCAAUGGGAUUAUUAUCCCCUCUGCAGGACCCUCAUUAUACUUAACAGUAGAUCUGGCUUUUAUUCAAGGAUGCUCAGUAAUCUUAUGUCUGAAAGCUGACAGACAGUUCACAAGAAUUAUCAUGUUUUUUGUCACCAUCUAUUGACAAUUAAAAGCUGAUAAAGUAAGCCUUGUGACUGCUUAAGAUAAUAGUGCAAUUGAACAUUUACAUAUUAUAAAUGGAAAAGCAUCCCAUAAUACAGAACUACAGAUGCCAUUACAUUAAUUUUAUUUUUAAGCUGUUGAGAUUGCUUUUUUUUACUUUAUCAUUAUUGGAAUUCACAUGUCUACUUAUACUACUGCUUGACUUAUAGAAAUACUAGGGAGCUUCAAUAUUUUAUUUUAACAACAACCUGCAGAAGAGAAAAAAAUCCUUCCUUUUUUGAUGACAGUAAUGAAAACAGCAGAAUCAUUCCAAGCCACUUAUGUUGUGACAUCAGUGCCAAAGACUGUUAGUCUGCUUAAAGAAAAUCAAGAUGAUCUGAGACAGGAAUUUCAAGAAUCAAAUCUUCACUGCUUGUAUUCUAGAAUUUGUAUUCUCUGAUUGUCUUCUAUAGGAAACAAUAAUUGAUAAUUGUCAUAAAUUAUGUACUGUGGAAGGUAUUUUAGAGACAAUGUGUGUAAUGGUGACCAUGCAAUGAAGAUUUUUACCUUUCUGAAGAGGGUGUUUAAAGAUUUAAAAAUAAUUAUAAAUGAAGAAUAUUAUUGUCAGAUGAGGAGAAUUAUAAUAGGGAAGUUGUAAAAUAUCAAACAAAUGCACCAAAGGAAAAUUGUUAAUAUUGCAGCAUUAUUUUUUCAAGAUAAGUCCAAUCUUGUAGAUUCAAUUCCAAGGGAGUUAAAACAAUGGCACUGUGGAUGUGUUUGAGGGGGUCAGUAAGGGGAAACAUCAAGCCAAUCAUAGAUAAAAAGUUUGGCAAAAAAUCACAUAUUAUGUGAAAUUAAUUUUAUACAUGUACUUGUUAAAAGAUAUCUUAUAAUGAAAAUUCAUUUGUACUAUACUAGCCAUAAUUCUAAUCACAGUGAAGAUUAACCCAGUAAGCCAGACCCUGACCCAGGUCCUUGAAAUCAAGAGCUGAAGUUGGAUCUUUGGAAAGUGUCCCUACUCCUUGGUCUCUUCUCCCUGGAAUUUCCUUAAGAGCGUUCACCUCUUGUAAAGUUUUAGUGACUACAAAAAUAUCUAUAUAGACAUCCCACCCUUCCACGAUUUCUCAACUCUAUACCUACACGUGUCACACCCUGCGCCUUUUAUCGCCCUCCAAAACUUUCACACCAACCACUUUCAAACAUUUUUCGCAAAUUCAACUUUAUUUUUUUUUCUUCGCUUAUCCGUAAAAACAAACCCACACAGCCUGCAAAAAUCGACCUCACUUAAAAAGUCACGAUUCAGCACAUAACCGGACCGAGAUUUCGAACUAAACACAACGGCUGUAUUUAAAAUACUUACGGUAAGGGAGUUUGCGCGAAAGCAAGAAGGUGUGCACUGCAUCAAGCCAGCAAUUCCCACGAUCAAUCGACGCAGUUGCGUGGCCCGUGCAACGGAAAUUUUCACGCUGUAGAAAGUUCAGAAGUCGUGCAACGAACAUGGACAUCUAAAAUGUAAGCUUGGAGUUGUAUACUAAACAAUAUGAGCAAAUUAAGGUGUGGAAAGUGAAAGUCAUGCAUCGCGUAUCGUAUCAGCAAUAAAAAUUUACGAUACCUUGGAAAGAUCCGCCUUAAAAAUUCAUCGGAGAGUGUUUGUUUCUUGUAGCCGUGCUAAAGGUUGUAGUUUUUGCGGGUUGUUAACAUUUUGUUCUGAAACUUUCCUCGAGGAACUUGCCCGUUGAACGCGCUACGCAACUAUAGCGAUCGAUGAGGAAAACUACGUCGUGUAAGAAAACACGAGAGUCACCCGGCAGCUUCUCUUCGCUGAUUGGCCAGAAAAAUUUUUUUCUGGCCAAUCAGAGGCAGGCAAUUCAAACGCUUCUGGAACUGGUUCGGUAAGAGUAAGUGCCCAGGGGCUCGUCUCGAUCUUACAGUAAACUUUCACCACGAACAUUUUAUCGACCCGACUGACUGCCCCUGGGUCUCCGAGGAUGCACAAUCCCCUGGCAGUCACUAGCACUUGAUCAACUUAAAUAUUUGCAAAUAGCUGUAAAUUAAUGAACCAUGGGAUAAAAGCUUCGGGUCAACAAUAAAUUCAACGGUGGUAGUGCUGACAUAAUCCACUAAUUUUUUCUGCGAUUUUAGCACUCCUCCAUCCUACUUCAGGUUACUCUGAAAUACAAUUCUACUUUGAAAUACACUCUGAGAUCGCUGAGAUACAUGUGAGUGGGAUUAUUAACCGAUAGAAUUAACAGAUCGUUUUCACUGUCACGCAACAAAAAAAUAAAUUGGAAACCGUCCAGUGGAAGAAGCCAAGAAAAUGAAAUGUUAUAAAAGACUAACAUAUAAACAUUUUGUCCAACUCUCAGGUCUUUGGGGCCCACAGAUUCUGAGUUAUUUGCCGAAACGUUUCACGCACCUUUGUAGAGCUUUGUAUGGAGACGCCAUAUUGGUGCACCGUUUUGUGCACCAAUGUGGCCGCAGGAAAUCAACAAAAACAUCUGGGGUCCACUUUUUCUAUAAAAGCUCUUUCUUUUCACUCGAGAACUAGCAUACUCGCGCAUAAACAUAUCUUCUAAUACUUGAAACGGUUAUACUAUUGGAAAUCAAGUGGACAGCCUUUUUUUUAACGAGACAGCGUUCCUAUUUUGGUGUCACGCACUGUGAAAACUUGGAAGUUCAAAUUGCUGUAAUUUCGAAAUGAAACAUGGUACGGGAUUGUACAAAGGUUUACUUUUUGUUUAUCUUCAACCUAGUGUAAACAAGACGCUGUGUGAGCGUAUAUUUGGGUGUGGUCGUACUACGGGUAUGAUACUUUGAACGUGCCUUAUUGCAGCUAAAGAACUGUCAUCAUCUCUUACCAGAGAAGACAAAUCCUUUUCUCCACUUGUUUGUUGAACCACACAGCUAAUACAGUAUGUCUCAAUCCACAACAAAAAUAGUGUCAUUUCACGACAGUGUUUGAAAAUAUACACAUCUUCAAUGCAGACAUGCUUGGAGCCAAAUUGCAACAUAGGACAUCAGUGUUUACAGCCCGGAGAGUAAGGUUUAUCUCAGCUCCACUGAUACUGACAGAUGUGUUUUCACACCCAUAACUUUGCAUAGUGUAUUCCGGUUACUAACAAGGGCAAAUAAAGUUCCUUAAGUCCAGUAUCCACAAGGAAUAAUAAGACAGUAACACAUUGCAUAAACUGCUAUAGGGCAGCAGUGUUUACAGGAACAUUGGUAACUAUUAACAUUUGAUAUACUACAAUUUUCAACAUUGCUAGAGAAAAGAUGAGGUUCAAAGGCGGCAAUAUGUACACCUUUAAGUUCAUAUAUAUCCUCAUUCCUAUGCAGAGUCUGAAAAUAUUGUACUAAUUUAUGCAUUGAUGGUAUUUCCAACAAUACACAUGUCCCUUCACUAUGACUGUUAUGAUGCAUAUCUCUAGCAUGAGAAUCAAAUACAUUAUAUACCCCAGCCUUAGUGCUGUACAUACCAACACCAAUAAUUGCCACCGUUAAAAUGAAUGAGUUGUAGUUCAGUGCCAAGAGUGUUUGAAAUACUGUAACCUGUGAGCGGCAUAUACAGUGGUGAUGUAUGUUACAAGUGUAACUGUCACUGUAUUCAAGGUGGAAAAAUUGCUCAAACACUGUAACCAUUCCUGGCAAUUCUGUUAACAUUGACAUAGAUUGUCUUGCAAGCAGUGACAGACAAGAAUAUAAUUGAAUACCAACAAUCAUUAUUUGAGUCAUAUCAUCAACUGAAGUCAUCUUUGUUAUCUUACUGUAAAUUAAAGCGCACAGACUCAUUGCGACACAUCGUUGUCCACCAUUUUCCCCAAAUCCUGUAACAUUUCCUUGACAGUAUGGAGUAUUAAUUGUUUUUGUAGCAUCUACAUAAACUGACGGCCCUGGAUUCUUUUCUAUAUUAGUACAAAGCUUAGAAAUUGGCCAAAAUUAACCCGGUGAUUCAAACUGUUUUAAGCACUAUAAAAUGGAUAAUUACAUGUACAGAGGGGCAAAUUCUUACUUAGAAGCCUAUUUGGAUAUCUCAUUCCACCUAAAUCGCCUGUGAUCUGCUGCUUGGACGACAGAUACACCUUCCCCCGUUUACGAACUAGUUUUGUAGUUGUCCCUUAAGUAAAAACCUCACACUGUUACUGUUACUUCUGUACCUGUGAAAGUGUAAACCUUUUCUACUUUUAACGUAACGAUGAAUUUCAGACGACAAUGGUGUAUUUUUCCGAAUACUCUUCCAUACAAAAAGUGUCACUUUCCGUGUUUUCUGUAACAAAGAUUUUAAUUUGUUCAUUGGUAGUCUGCUAGUGGCAUGACGGUAACCGGUCAUUUUGUUCCAUGGUCAGAUCGUUGACAUCGUUAAUUCCAAGUCAGAUCGUUCCAAUCAAUAGUCAGAUCGUUCCAUGAAAUAGUCAGUUCGUUCCACAAAAAAGUCAGUUCAUUCCACAUAUGAAAAGUCAAGUGAAUCUUUCUAAAUUCGUUGAGUGAACUUUAUCGAGAAGGAAAAGGUUUCGUUCAUACCACAAGCUGAUAAAAUAAUAAUCAAUCCAAAGUCGGUUCGAUCCAUCCUAAAUCGUUUGAAAACAAACAAGAGACGAUUUCAACCAGCCACGGGCUUUAACAUUUAAACCGCUGCUUUGAGAGUUUUGAGCUAAAAUCGAUCGAUAGUUUUGAAAGAUAUAGCACAACAAGUAAAAGAUAUGCCGCUCUGAAGGUACAGUAUUUCGAACCGGGGGGGGGGGGUACUCCCAUACAUUACCUAUACGGGUAUGUGCCGCCCAACGGGGUCGUGAUUUUGAAGCUCCUGAUUUAGAACGGGGUAUCCAUUUCAGAGGCGUUUUCUAGAACGGGGUAUAAAAAAUUGUGGAUCACGGCUUUAUCUUCUGCUUAAAAUUGUUACUGAUUAUGAAGAAGCAUUUAUUUGAUGUAUAAGUCGAACAAAUAAAGAAAUACCUUUUAAAAAAACAGGGCUAUUUCAAUUUACAAACUUUCUAGAACGGAGUAUAAAAAAUCGGCCCAUUUCUAGAACGGGGUAUAAGUUUAAGGGCGAAUACUAGAACGGGUUAUAAAAAAUUGGCCCAUUUCUAGAACGGGGUAUCAAUUUUAGGGAAAUUUUUUUUUAGAAUGGGGUGCCAAUUUGGAGUCCCGGGCGGCACAUACCCACCCAAAAAAUACCCAAGUGCCCCCCCCGGGAUUUCGAAGCACAUGUAACCUAAAUAUUCCUUUGCAGCGGCCGAUUUAUGCAAAUUUUGAAAACAACGCGAGUUUCGAAUUACAAUCUCGAUUUUAUGGUAAUUUGUCAUGCCGAAAAUAUAAUGGACUAACCUGGUUUAAACCAAUGAAAUUGUAAGUUCUGUUAUAAAUAAAUUUCCCACGACGAGAUCAACUUCUUUUAUUUCCUCCACAACACAAUUUUCCUUCUGUACAACUAGCUCAUUAGCUUCUCUUGUCGUCACCUCGCUGCCAUCAAAACACUAACACAAAACUUGCUGAUAAAGCAAAAUCCCGACGCAUCGUAUGAAAAAACACAACACGCAAUACAAAAACAAGUACAUUAACUGUCACCCUGCUAAACAAAAUUGAAAUAAUAAAAAGAAUUGUUGCAGUUAUCACAGUAGUUCCAAAAGAAGCCUCAGUCCCUUUUGGUUUCAAUUGUUGACAAUCGUCUCUUCCUUCAUCGGAACAGAUUUUUAUCACGGGCAACUCGUUGUGCUCCGUAAUGCAUAAAUCAAAAUCACUAUUGUCACAGUGAUAACCAGCUACACAAACCUUGCGACUCUCAAACUUGUUAAACAUUCCUCUGUUAAAACUCUUAUCCAUUUUACACGUACACUCCCGACAUUCCGAUUUGUUAUUACGUCUGUGGGGUCCAUGAGUCUUUCAUGUCAUUGAAUGUCUUGAUAAUUUCCUUUGUUUUUUUUGAGUUCGCGGACCAGCCCAUUCCGAAAACACUCAGUGUUAUUUUUUAGUGUGGGCCUACCGCGAACAGUGUGUGCAUUUAACCCGGGAUAACAUAAUUGAACAAUAUAUUAACACGUUCCCCGAAACGCCGCGGCCAAAUCUUACCCAAACUGCUUCUCACUGCUGCUUCGAAAAAUUUCGGAUCAAACGAUAUCCAAAUCGUCCCUCAUUGGAUCAUCCACUCGACCUAACAAAAUCGACCAAUCACAAAAAAUGGACAUAAAAUAAAGAAAACAGCAAAUUCAGAUGACCUCUUAGGAAACAUGCAAUUAAAACUGUCUUUCCAUGAUUGGUGCAUUUCGAUCCUCUUAGGAAACGAAAGUUUUCUUCAGCGGGUUCAAAAGGUCAUUGUUUAUGAUUUGUGAUUGGUGGAUUUCGAUCCGUUUUUUGUGUUUCUGUGUUUCAAAGUUCGUUGCUUGCUUCAUCCCUGGACUUCAGACUUCCAAAUUUCGAUGAGGCAAAAAUACUGAAGAUUCAGAUUAACUUCAGAGAUCGUAAAAGUGCGAUUAAGUGCCGUGUGCAAGUAGAGCUUUCUUUCCGACAUGCCUCGUACCUUGUACAAGACGUUCGCAUGACAGACAUUCGCUCGCUUCGCUUGUUUACUUGCCUUGUUUACGUUAGCACGUAUUGCGUGCCUAUUGCACAUUUGCGUCAAAACAAGCCGUUUCCAUUACUCUAUUUGGGCCACGCCCAAAUAAUAAGAAUUCGUAAAACCUCGCUAUUUUGACUUUACAAUUUGAUGACGUCACUGUGAAAACCAUCUAUAAUAAGUUGGAAAGAAGUAAUUUAAUUAAUGAGCAUGCGCUUCACCGUGAACCUGUCCCUUUAACUGUCUUGAGAACGUGGGUUUAUGAUACUACCGAUAACCGCCUGAAAAAUUUUCUUGAAACUAGAUGGAAUGUCUUUCUAUUUAGAUUGCUGUUGACCCGCUAAUGUUGAAGUUUGUUCCUGCUCUUACAUCAAGAGUAGCAGUAGUUUCUCAGGUAGGUGGUUCACAAAAAGAAUACUAUGGUGGGCGUUUCUUACGGACGGAAAAAAUUCUUUACAAGGGUUUUACAAUUCCUGGUAACUCAGUAGUUUGCAUUGAGGCGCACAUUAAAUAUGGACAGAGUAAAGCCCCCUGGAAACGGACGCAACAUUGCUGGAUGUUACAUGGUGCGUCUGUUUGCACACCCUGUUUCAUGUUGUUGCAUGUUGUUGGGAGUUGCUGCAGAAAGUUUGAAACCGGUCAAACUUCUAGCUACAUGCAAACGGACGCAACGACUCCCAACUAUGUUGCGUCCGUUUGCACGGGGCUUAAGCAGAAAAUCGGGGGAGAAUUCUCCUCAUACUGCCUGUCAAACAUGACAUAUGAAGAUAUUAAUUGAUGUAAUUAACGUUUGAGCAUUUCAUUUAAUUUUUAUUUUUAUCUACAAUUGAGGUCGUCGGAACCAAUCUCAGUUUAUUUUAUUAUUUAAGGAAAAUUGUGCUGUCAUAACGCUUUUCAACACACGUCAAAUAAACGUUCGCGCGCGACUGAAAAUUCAUCUUCCCAAUUCUCCCAGCCCGCGGAGAGUAUCGUAAGGGUGAAGCCAUAAUUCAUUUGAAUUAUCAACAUUGUAUUGGGUAGGGAGGGGGAGGGUUCACGAUAUUUAAACGGUAAUACUAAAACGCAUACAACUGCUGAUAUACUUUUAGCGACCUAGGGACUGUUGUCCAUGAUUUUACCUGCAGAUGAAAGAUGUAUACAAUCCUUCAUUCCUUCUUUAUGCUACUACAUGACAAAUUUCUGCAGUUUGGUUGGCUAAGAGCAGUGGUAUUUCAGCUUAAUUUGAAAUACCUACAUGUGAAAAUUACAAACCUUUUGAGGGUAGUAGUAUAAACAAAUAAUAGCGUGAUUUGUACAUGAUAUUUGGCAUAAAUACCACUCGUGAAAUUUCAAAAUUGUCUCAAAUUUCACUCGCCUAAAGGCUCGUGAAAUUACGUAUAACAAUUUCGAAAUAUCACUCGUGGUAUUUAUGUCAAAUAUAACUACAAAUCAUGCUAUUACCUAUACUAAUCCUGGUUUUGUCUGUCUGUUAUUUUCCUCAGAAUGGUCAGUUCCAGCUUCACGAACCAGGAGGCCUGGUCACACAGUCAUCAAUGAUGGUGUACCAAGUUAAUACUCAAGGCACCUUAUGUACAACAUUUGACAUUUCGGCGACUUGCCAGUCAAUGGUGUUUGGCGACGCCGGAGGUAUUGUAUAUUUAUAACUAUGAUAAAAUAUAUUUUGCCGGAUUUUUGAAAAUAUUACCGCCAAUUAGAUAUAUUUCACCAGACCAAAAACCAUCUCCAGAGUAGAUAUUAUUAAAACUAAGAGUGUAACCAAUGCUUUUUUCUCUUCUCCUCCUGUCUUCCUCCUUCACUUUUCCUUUUCCUUUGCUAGUGUGAUUUUCGAGCUUAUCAGGUGCAAAAAAGCCCUGCUGUGUGACCCUUUUUUCGCUUAAAUGGCUGAACAUUUCGCUGGGUUCGGUUUCAAAGAAUCAGCUACAAUCCUCGCCAAAAAAAAUCCUUGAAACACCCAACCCAUGCACUUCCCUUUCCUUCUGCAAUGUUGAGAUAUGAUUGCAAAGUUACGUGGCUACAACAACAUUGCGGAAAAGAGGAGGUGGGGGGGGGGGGGGAGAGGGAUAGCGACAUUUUCCAAAGUGUUUCAAGCUUUUUGUCUGGGAUUUUAGAUGUUAAAUGCAGUUAAUUUUUUAUUUUUUCAUUGUUUUUGGGCAUGGUAGUGUAUGCUAAUGAAUUUAAAACAGAGGAAAAACAAAAAUUAACUGAAGUAAAAAAAAAUAAUUGCAACAUAGAUAUACAGUGAACUCUCGCCUUGUAAACACUUCGCUACCCCACUAAUCGGGAAAACAACUUAAUCCCCGGCAUAAAUGAAAUACAGACGUUCGACUGAAAUUAAUGUUUUUUGUUUUCCAGGAAAUACUCAUCUUUGGGGAGAGACACAAGAAAAAGAAAUAAUCUACAAUUUGUAUUCAAGACCGACAGAGUUUGCUCAUCCAGUAAGUUUCUGAUCUUAAGCAAUGCAAAACCACAGGAAAUGUGAAUUUGUUUUAGAUACUCACGAGAAAACUGGUUCGUUAGAAGGUAGCUGAAUGGCAAUGCACGCAUGAGGCAUGCACCUCGCACGCCCGUCUUCCGUGGCAUUUGUGAACUGUUAGGUGAAGAUCACGAAGAAACACGCACGUAAUAGCCCUGUCACGUUUGUCACGCACAAGCGUUUUGCCUUCCUCUUCUUCCUGCCGCCCUGUUGUGUAAACACACUAUUAAGCAGCUAGGAGUAUGGCUACUCUCCUCUCGAUGGGAUGCUAGUCAAUCGUAAGGUUAUGAUUGAUACCAGCAGUAUGGCGCCGGUGCCCUUAUGUACAUCUUGGUGAUGUCGGAACUGUUUCUCCAGACAAUAAACUCACGCUCACGAUAAAGAACAGAACUGUUUUAAUACUUCUAACUCUCUCUCAGUAAAGAUCACUAACUCUCGCCAUGUGCUUUUUUGCUGAUACAUCACUUCUUGAAAACGACAUCCUAUAAUAUCCAUAAUCCUAGCUCCCAGGCCCCGACGACCUUAGGGUGCGCCUGACUAGUUUACAAAUUUAAAAAACCGCGAACGAAACAUUCUUAACAUCCGAGUAUCAACCUACGAAUUCUCACAGUGAAGAGAGAUAUUGUGGAGCCAAGGUACUUGUUUACGGAAACACGCGACGGAAAGGCUUUAGCCUGUUCCAGGCGUACAACUUAACUCGCUCCCCACUUACCGCCGCGCUCUACUAUCUGAACGCCUGGAACAGGCUAGUAAGGCUUGAACCCGGACCUCCUGAUCUGAAGUUCGACUGUUCACCGCUCAACCACCACGCCUCCACAGUCGCUCUCGGAGUAGGUUCUUUAAAUCAGAUUGUGUUUUGCUAUUUUUGUUUUUAGAUUCCUCAUCUUCCACCGCUGCCCAUCGAUGAUUAUACUGUUCCAUUGUCUGCAUUUCCUCUUCCGAUGCCCAAGUAAGUAAUCGACGUAAUGAACACAUUUCUUAGCGAGAAUCUGCCCUAAUGCCAAUGGUUUGACUGACCUAUUGUAUUACUUGUCACUCCCGUCCCGUAUCUGGAUUUUUUCACAUGAUUCAUCCGAGAUUUCGACCAAUGUGAAAACUGGCCCAGUGAGAAAAGGACCAGCAAUAAAUGUCCGUCUAGCCUAAGAUUGAUGUUCGUCUUAUAGGGGGCUAUGGACCAGCUAUAGGUGUCCGUUUUAUUGAGGUGUCUGUCUUAUAUAGGUGUCCAUUAAGAGAGAGUCGGCCAUAUUAGUUAUGAUAUUUGAGGAAUCAAAGAGUAAGAAGUUUUAAGAUUCAAAUUUGUUUCCGCGUUUGGGAACUGAAAUUAUAGAAGGUAAACCUCUUUCUCCACAGUGGACCGCUUCUUUCAGACUGGCCAGCGGAAAACAUGGCUGCUGGAGACAGGUAAAUAGUUUUUUAUGUCUUCCUGAAUCAGAAAUCUUGUAACGUAGUAAAAAUUUGUUGUUACUAUAGUCUCCCUCUAAGCCGUUUUUCCCUUGUCACGCAGAGGCGGGUUGCAUGACGAGACAAAUACGGCUGCGUGGGAGACUAGUGUUACUAGCAACGAUAAGUAAUUAAAAUUUGAAAUUCGCAGGCGUACUCCAGCAAUUGAGCCUGAAAUUCUCCGCACAAUGGUCGUCAGGCAUUUUAUUGGUUAUGCACCUAACCCUGGCAACAGGAAACGAAAUCAGGUAUGUUGAUGCGUUCUCUUUUUAAUCAGUAAGACGAUGUGACGGCAGUAAAGCUGAAGAUGGCGGCGCGCAGAUCUAAAAACCCUGUUGACCAAUUCCAGAGCGUCAAAUUGGGAGCCGCUCGUCGGUUUCAGUCCCUUCCUCGGGGUUUCGCUUUCUCCUUGGUCGUUGCGUUGUCUUUGUUUAAUCUGCCCUGUCUCGUCUCCAGGGCCUUCGUUACUCUUAUCCAACGUAACGGUCAGGAUCCCAGACCCUGUGCCGCCAGACUAACACAUAAACUUUAUUUUCACUCGAAUUUUAGAGUAGCUUGCUAGCUAAUAUCUUUGAGCUGACCCCACUUGAAAAUACGUUAAAUACAUUAUGAAUGAUAAUAAAAUAAUAACAAUAAUUAAUAAUAAGAAGAAACACACAAAAGAAAAUUUAAGAAAAGGUAACGCCCUGUAUCUUAAAGUUUGCAAAAAACUAGUACGAAAAAAGUCAGGCAGUGCAGUCCAUUGUUUAGCUGAAAAGUAAGAAAAGGAGUUAAGACCAUAGGUAGUUGUUUUAGGUUUACUAAGUGAAAGAAUGUAGUUGCCGCGAAGAUCAUAGGAAGAGGACCGGAGUGAAAACAUAUUCUUCAUAGAAGCGGGAAAAUGAGGAAAUUCUGAACGCGCUUGUUACAUAACGAAGUAGAGUUGACUUUUGAAAGAAGAGUGGUGCAUGGAGACGAGUAAUUUCCAAGUGUAAAUCCCUAUUUUUUAUUUACUGCUUUAAGCUUAUCCGCGUCGCGCGCUCCACAAAAGUGUCAGACAGAGGAGCAAUAAAAAUGGGCUUUUGGGGUCUCGGUCAAGUCUUUAUAAUGACCCCCGCGUAAAGCCCUGCUCGUGCAUUUGGUCUUCGGCCGAAGGUCUGUCGUCAGCCAAUACCGAAGCAUCCCCUACACAAUUGCAAGAGGUCCUGAAAUUUGUGGCUUUCAACAGUAAAAGUGCCUUUGUUUAAAGCUGGUGUUUCGUUGUUUUUAGGAACAUUUUCAUAGGUUAACAAGCAACUUGUCUAUCUUUUAGGUAGCUUACCCUGUUAUUAAAGAUUCAGUAAUGGUUUCUCCAGAAGAAGAAAAUACUGUUCCAGAUUCACCAAUGAAUCGAGGUACUGAAAGCGAUUUGCUCUUAUAAACCUGUCACUGGACCCCCCCCCCCCCCCCCCCCCGCUGAAACAUGAGGCAUCGGUGGGCCUUGACUCUUUGCGUUGCUCGAGCCGUGGGGGAUUAAUGUUAUUCAAUCCUUCUCUUGCCCGAGGGGAUAGGGGUUUAGUAAAUUUAGUCUGCAGCCGUAAGAGGGAUAGGGGUCUGGGGCGAGAGCUGGAAAACGUGCUGGUUUUUUUGACAGAGUCCAAAACGAUGGAUGAACGAAAGGUACAGAGAGAAGCUGCUGGAUUUAUUUAUUAUAAAUGCUCAUUGGUUCUUUUAUUACUAAGGUUAUUAUAUAUUUUCCUUUUGUUUUGGCAAAAAUGUCUUGCAAAUACCUGUAAAUUCUCGUUGUCUUUGCUCUUUCUUAGUUGCUUGAUAAAAAUGCCGGAAAAAUAAAGGUAUAGAAAAAAUAUUCAAUCACACAUCUGAAGGUAUGACUGUAUCCCAUGUACGUCGGGAAUUAUUCGUACAUACGAACUACUUAUCGUUAUUCAGAGAGUCGAUACUUUACUUUUUUUUUUUACUCUAAUUUUAAUGGUUAUAUGUUUGGUCUUGGAAAGAUGAAAAGAUUAUUUAUCCUUUGGUGGGGAUUUAAAUGCUUUUUAUUUAUGUAUAUAUUUUCACAGACGAAGAUCCUGGAAGUAUUAUACCAAAACACUACAGACGAGUGGAGAUACGAUACUCAAAACUAGGUUCGUUAUAUUUGAAAUUCUUCUGCAAGUAAAGUUUUUUCCUUCUGUGAUGCAGUUCUCAAUUUGACUACAGUAGAAACCUGCGAGUAAGAACCUGUUAGGCUAAAAUUUGCCAGUUAGGUCCCUUCUGUACAAGAACCUGUUCAGUUUAGCCUAAAAUUGGAAAUAGGUUCUUGUUUUCUAAAAUCUUUAGAACUUCUGUACACUUGGGCAAAUAAUUAAGAUAAGCCAUCAGCACACAGGUGCCUUUAUUACUCCAACUUCAAUUGUAAUGGUGCACUGGUUUUACUUAAGGAAUGAGCUGAAUGCCACUAAUGACUCUUAGCUUCAAUGUAUUUUUUCGUCAGAAAAUAAGAGCUUAUUUAAGAUCCUGCAUAGCCUAAAUUUGUGCUAAUUGCGAUUUACGUAAGAACCUGUUUAGCCUAACUUGGGAAAAUUCAUGUUCUUAGUCGUGGGUUUUUACCGUAUUUUCCGUUAGGUGUGGAAGACUUUGAUUUCAAGCAUUAUAACAGGACGUCAUUUGCUGGUUUAGAGACUCAUAUUCCUAAUGCUUACUGCAAUGCAAUGCUUCAGGUAAGUAAAGAAUCGCUCUUUCCGGUUAUAAGCCCUUGCGGAUAUAUCCCCCUCCCCCGUUGUUAAGCCCUCAUUAAAUCCCUUACGCAGUUGCAUAAGCCCAGGGGUUAAUAAGCGAAAGUUUACGGUAUUCCAAGAACUUCCCAAGACUACUCGUUUUAAAAGAUCUGGAGUUUUGAUGUUUACAAUUAUCACUAGGUUAUUCACUAAAGAAUCUGCUGGGAACCUUCUAGUAGCCCCUAAUAUUUUUAGCCAUCACGGUACUCCUGUAUUGGGAUUUUAUGGAGGGUUCUUUUCUUAAGUGCUUGGAGGGGAAUAAGAAGUGAAGUUUUUAAUUUCCAAUGCUUUUGUAAAUAGUUGUACCACAAACGUACCACCCUCUCUAUAAAUGUUUCAUUAAACUCAGACCCCCUGAGACUUAAAUAAAAAAAAAAACUAAAUCUUUGCAUUUUCUGUUUGCUGGUCUAUUCUUCCCUAAAUACUCUGAGUUCCUCUGUGUCCCUUUUUAAGAAUUUUUGAAGAAGGACUUCUGCUAUUCCUCUCUCUCUUUUUGUCAUUUACGAUACUACUGUGCCUAUUUGUAGCUUUUUUACUUCGUGGAACCUUUGCGAGCUGGUUUCCAAAACCACUUGUGUCAUCGUGAGUUCUGCUUGGCUUGUGAACUUGGCUUUUUGUUUCAAAUGCUGGAUAUGUCAUCUGGACAAACAUGCCAGGUUUGUUGAACUACACUUGUCUGUUACAUAACUAGACACACGCAAAUGAAUCCUGUGGGCUACUUGUUUUAAAGAAUUUUAUAUUUCUUCUGUUUUCUCAAUUUGUUUAUGUGAACUAGUCAGUCAGAAGGACUGGAUUUAGCUGUUCAUAUGUUUUGUGGAUGAACAAGGCGCUGUAGUCUAGUGUCAAGGAAGAAAUUAAAUCUACUCAAUGCUACGCGCAGGAAAACCUGACGAAGAUUUAAACAUGAGUCCGAUGCCAGUUGCGGUAAAAGUUGGCCUUUUGAUUUUGUACUCGCUACUGAGUAGAAACGAUAAGGAACUGUUCGAACUAGCCAUAAUUUAAUUUGUAUACCAUGACUACAUUUUGAUUAACGUUCCCCUUUUUCUAGACCUAUUGAUGGCCGUUGUAUUUGUAUGUGUUUUUUUGUUUUCCGCAGGCCAACAACUUUCUUCGCGCGUUUCGCACCAUCCCUGAGGCCGCAGCACUGGGUUUGGUAUUAAACGACGUCGACGAGUCGUUUGGAAAUGCUAACUUCCCUCGCUUGAUUCAGAGUUGGUUUAGAUUCGUACUUCAACAAAUGCAUCAGGUAAUGGCACUUUCCUUUCGUGGGCCCCGUCAACUUUGUUCGGUCAUGCGUUUUUACAUGAGGCGGCUUUUGCAUUGUCAACGGCGACGGCAGCGCAAACAUCACUGUUAUCAUCACUGUUAAUUCUUUUUUCGUCAAACGCUGUCGCGUUUAUGUCAAUUCACUGAAAUGCCAGAUGUUUAUAGGCGAAUUUCCCUGGAGUUGAUUUCUUGGCGACCACGCUCAGUUUUAGAAAGAGAGAGAAAAAUUCGUCGUCGCUUGUUUACGUCUUCCAAAAAACGUGAAAUUAGGCAUUUUCACGUCGUAGUCGUGUAGUGACGGCAAAGAAAUGUACAAAAGCUUGAUGCACGUGCAAAGUUGUUGUUUUGCCAAUCUAACGGGGAGGAAGAUCCUAGUACCUGGAAGAUCUUAGACGGCGGAACAAUUUUUCGUUGGGUUUACAUGCAGAAAUUUCGGUCCGUACUGAUAAUUACCAUGCAAGUAGAAAAGGAAUUGAAGGUGGCGGCCAACAAAAACGAAAAAGGCAAUUUUGGGCCCAUCGGCUCUCUUUACUGGCGUCAAUAAAUACCUUUCAGCAAAAUUAUCAAAAAUGUCAUUUCUUAGUAACGCCAUACGAAACGGUCGGCCUUGAUUGCUGUGAUUACUCACUGAACGACCCCCGUGUUGUCCCUAGGACUAGGAUCUUCCUAGCGAAGGCAGUUACCAUGGAGCGAGGAUCUUCCUAGUACUAGGAUCUUCCUACCCCUCAGCUAGGAAAAUCCUAGCGCUAGGGACAAGUACAACCCUUUACAUAUAAACCGAGUACUGAAAACAUAUGACGCUAGGAUGAUCCAACCUCUAGGAUCUUUCUGCCUCCAUGUAAACAGCCCCUAAACCUAUUGGAUUUUUGACGUUCUAGUUGCCGUCAUCGUGGUCGUUGCUCAAGCUCCCCAGGUUAGGGUGAAGGACUUCUUAUUGAUGAUUUUAUCGUAGCAAAGCUAUGACAUCCGAGAUUACAAAUAAGAAGAAAAAUCAGUAGCUUAAUAUUUCGUCCUAUUGUUCAUACAUGUUUUUGUGUACAAGUAAAACUCUUUGUCUUCUUAAGAAUACGUAUUUAUUAUUAAAGGUGGCUCGAUACAGUUUUUCAGGGUCAAUACCUCCCAAGUUUGAGCAUAAACUACGUCGCCAUAAACAAAGUUUUGGAAAAAACUGCCACCACAGUUGUAUUAGAUGAAGAUGAAAAUUUGUUUUUAUUAGGUUUGCAACGGCAUCGGAGUUGUCAUAGCAACGAAAUGACGCUAUUACCUAUUUUACUUGCAGCAGUAUAUCUCGGCACUGGGAACUGUUCUUCGAAAAUCAUUCACGAGAGCUUUUUCCUCCAAUAGCAGCCUCGAUGUUCGUGAAGUUUAAGCGAAAUCUGUAAGAGCAUUAUCGAAAUAUUUUGGGAUAAAGAUUUUGUCGUUAGAAAUACGGUAAAAAAUGGACAAUCGUGGUGUUCGGCUGUUAUCUGUAGAAAACAAAGCGCUUUUGACAUGCAAUUUCACCUCAUAGUAGUUUCAAUCUUUUUAAAAACGUGUGUGAAAGAUCAAGGAGAUAGCUCCAGCCGAUUGCUAGAAAGAAGGGUUUGAUUAGUAUGUAUCGAGGCGCUCUUGCUAGCGGUUUUUUGAACAUUUUGGUCUACUUUAACAAAUUAGCGAAUAAUUUUUAAACCGCUGGAUAGAUUUUUUUUAAAAUUUAAGAUUCUUGAGAUUAACCUUCCUUUUAUGUAACCGUUUUAGUUUCAAGAUUAUUGAUAUAUUGUAAGGCAGUAAAAUAAGGGCUACAAUUCGCUAAUAUUUUGGCAGAAAGUUUGUGUUUACAAGUGUGAGCCUCUCAUUAUUCAGGGUAUUGUUUCCAAGUUUCAUAUUUUCGUGCACAACAAUAGCUAGCAUUUUUGCAUAUUUCAAAUGCAUUGUUAGCUACUGCUGUUCACGUGAAAAUGAAACUUGGAGACAAUGCCUUGAAUAAUUAGAGGCUUUCACUUGUAAUGACGAAACUUUCUGCCAAAAUAUUAGCGAAUUGUAGCCCUUAUUUUAAAAACGAUAAAAAAGUAACGAAUUGUAGUCCUUAUUUUACUGCGUUACAAUAUAUCAAUAAUCUUGAAACUAAAAGGUCAUAUAAAAGGAAGGUUAAUCUCAAGAAUAUUAAAUUUUUAAAACAAUCUAUCGAGCGGUUUAAAAAUUAUUCGCUAAUUUGUUAAAGUAGACCAAAAUGUUUACAAAACCGCUAAAAAGAGCGCUUCGAUACAUAAUAAUCAAACCGUUCUUUCUAGCAAUCGGCCGGAGCUAUCUCCCAUGAUCUUUCACACACGCUUUUAAAAAGAUUGAAACUACUAUGAGAUGAAGUUUCAUGUCGAAAGCGCUUCAUUGUCUACAGAUAACGGCCAAACAACAAUAUUGUCCAUUUUUUACUGUGUUUCUAACAAGAAAAACUUUAUCCCAAAAUGUCUCGAUAACGCUGUUACAGAUUUCGCUUAAACUUCACGAACAUCGAGGCUGCUGUUGGAGGAAAAAGCUCCGUGAAUGAUUUUCGAAGAACAGUUCCCAGUGCCGAGAUAUACUGCUGCAAGUAAAAUAGGUAAUAGCGUCAUUUCGUUGCUAUGGCAACUCCGAUGCCGUUGCAACCCUGAUCAGAACAAAUUUUCAUCUUUAUCUAAUACAACUGUGGAGGCAAUUUUUCCAAAACUUUGUUUUUGGCGACGUAGUUUAUGCUCAAACUUGGGAGGUAUUGACCCUGAAAAACUGUAUCGAGCCACCUUAAACAUUACGCCCAGUUUAGUCCUGAUGCACUUAUAGGGAGGUAUUUUGUUUAAGCUGCUGACGAAGCAAUUUGAAAUAAGCAAUUAACAUGGCAAACUAAAAUGGCAAAUACCUGUAGUAGAUAUAAGAAAAUAAAGUGUCAGUCAUUCUUUCUUUUGUCAACUUCUCCUGAUUUGUCUUUAGGAUACCCUCGAACCACCAGCCUCUACAGAAAGAGAAAAUGAAGACUCGAAAAAUCCGUAAGUAUUGACUUAAUUCUAACUUAUCAAGCACAAGAGGGUUCCGAAACAUCGUAAAAUGACUGAAAAAUAAGAGUUGUUGCAAACUGGCCGAAACUUUGUUUCGAUACCUGUCGAAAAGCUUCUCCCAAUUUUUUAUACCCUUUAUCAUAAUGCUGAAAGCUUUCGUAGAAAAGUCAGAGGAAAACUGGAAAGCACGUAGCAGUUGUCCUUUGUUGUAGCAAUUCUGUACAUGUAUUUUUGCAUACCAAGAGGUGAAGAAUAAGUAAAACCCAACUACAUUUCUUUUUGACAAAUGCAUCCUGAAGACAUAUUGAUCCUUGGGUCACACGUUGACUUGACUAAAAGGAAACUUUUUUCUUAGAAGCUUGCACUGUGAUUGUUAUUCCUAAGACGGAAGUAUUUAGUGGGAUUAUGCUAUUUUACAUGCGUAUUCUUGAGCCAGCUCUAUGGAGUUGAAAUGACCCCAAGUUUAGUCAUGUAGCAAAUUCCACAAUUUAAGGUCAGCUGUUCUUUGCUUUAUUUCAAUUGUUUUUCGUUUAUGUUCUUGUAACCAGAACUGAUAAAUCUCAACAGUCCUCAAUAAUCCAGCGUUUAUUUGGCUCUGAUGUUGAGCUUCUGAGUCGCUGUCGCUGUGGCAAAGAAACUAAAAGAGUGUCAAACACAUUACUGUUCAAUCUGGAAUAUCCUGAAAUGCCUGAAGGUGAGAUAAAGGUAGCAUAAAUUUUAGAUAGAUCCUUGUUCAUAUUCUUGGACGUCUCAGUAAUUAAUGAUCCGAUUAUGGCUCAUUCACACCAACUAAAGAUGUUUAAUUAAGGUAGGUUUUCAAUAAUGAAAAACUGUGACAGAAAACCAGAACACAUUUUUUUACACAUAAUUCAAAUGAACUUAAACACGUUACGUAACCUCACUAAAUUUUCGAUCGCAAAGAGUACUGUAGGCAGCUCUUAUAAAGAAAGCAAAUUUAAGCCGUGUUUAACUAAACAGCUUUUAAACAUGUUUAACCCUGAAUGGGGCUUUAGUUUGAUGGAAUCUGAAGACUUCAGGUGCAUGACGGUUUACAUGCUUAAUUGAGUGUCCAAAGAUGUAAAGUAAAGAAGUAAGGUUAUUAAGAAUGUUAGAGGAGGUUUUUUGUUCAAUACAAGCCGUUUCCGAUUGACUCUGUGGUUGCGUUCGACUGGGACAUUGACUGAUCCGGAUUUAACGCGAAAUCCGGAAACGGAUUUCACCUCUUAGAAAUCCGUUCUCAGGGUGGAUUUCAAUUAAGAAAUCCAAAUCCGGAUUUCAUGGAUUUCCUUUUGACCGUUCGAUUGGGAAAUUCGAAAAAGGAUUUUCAAAACUGUUCUCGUGAACAGCGGCCUUCUUUUUGCUAAUUAUGCAUGCGCGUGACCGCUGUUCUUAAGGGCAGUUUUUCAAAUCCUUUUUCGGAUUUCCCAAUCGAGUGGUUAAAAAGGAAAUCCAAAAACGGAUUUCUCAGGGCUGAAAAUCCGUUUUUUAAUUUCGCGCUAGAUUGCAAAUCCGGAUUUUAAAAUCUAAAUCCAGAUUUCCCAAUCAAACGCACCCUAUAGUUUCGGUUGACACGAUCUUUGGAUUGUGAAAUCCUGUAAGGCGGGACCCCGUUUCACUUAACUCGUUACUGCACAGCUUCCUUGUAGGUGUUAUAAAAUCGUUUUACAAGUUUUCUCUCCUAAAUUCUUAUAGAUAAAAUACAACAACCGGUGAGCUUUGAGUCAGUACUUCUUGCGAGUAUGUGUCGGGAGCAAAGCAUGCAAGCUUGGUGUGAACAGUGCUCCAGAUAUCAACCUACCGUAAGUAAAGGAACAUUGUGCAUUAACUUUGGCUCCGUUCAUAAGCGUACACGCCUAAACUUAAUAACCUGAGAUCACGCGCUGUUAUCGUUUACGGCAACCAGGUAAGAGAGAUAAAAGAUGCUUUUAAAAUACUUUGGCUUGAACUCAGGUUAAAAUUUGAAAGCAGGGCUUGUUUUCUUGUUGUUGGGUUCUCUCCAUGGACUCGAGAAUUUGCGAGAAUUCAUCGCCACUGGAUGUGCACCAGCCUUGCACCCAGUGGUCCUCGGAUAGCGCGAACUGACCUGGGGAGGAAACUGGAUGUGCACUAUUUUGUUUUAAGAGCUACCCGAGGUCUACUAGUAGACGGGACUUGAUGAUGAUUAUUCUCUAUAUUGUUUAUGUAACUGACCUUUACCUGCAAUUCAGCUGUAAGCUGCAAAAGGUGUAACUGAACAAAGUCAUCCAUUCAUUCACUACAUUUUCAAAAAAUACUUUCAACCGACGCAAUUAUAUUUUAGCUUCAUAACCGUUUCUUCCUUUUGUCAUGCAGGUGCAAACUCGUAAUGUGAAAAAGCUACCAGAUAUCCUGGCGUUCAACUGUGGCAUGAAGCAUGCAAAGGAAGUUGAUGUCUGGAAAAUGCAACAGCAGGUUAGGAGACGUGUACAUAUAAGCUUGCAACCCACAUUGAGUCAGCUAUUUUGCUCCCCUUAUUUUCUGUGGAAGGGAACAGAAUCAAGCGAAGACUAGAAAGGGACACAUGAAUGUCCACUUUCCCUGACUGUACUUCAUUUAGACUCAGACAGACUUUUUGCGAGUGACCAACGUAACAGAAAAGCGAGUGACCCGUAUAUGGCGUGACAAGAUUGCCUUAAAGUGAAUUAUGUAACGACCUCUCUCCUUAGUUACUAGAUCCACCGCCCAAAGGUGAAGAGAAACCCACAGUGCAGUCAUCAACUAAGGCUUGCAGAUAUGGUGAUGCGUGCACAAGACCUGACUGCAAGUUUAGGCACGAGAGAGAUGUUAACGAGGAAGGGUAUGAACGGGUUUACUUUAAAGCAAGACUAGAUGCACCCUCAUAAACAAUAUCAACUCCUUGUGUUUGGCCACAUGUAGAUGGCAGGGAUAAACUUGGCCUAAAACGUAAAAUUCCUCGGCGAAUUCAGGAUGUAAAGGGAUCUUUAGUUGAGGAGAUAUUCUUCAAAUAGCAGUUGUCAUUCGUUGAGUUGAAUUUUUGUUGUUCCUUUCAUGUUUGUAGGCAGACGUUCGGCUAUUUUUUCUUCGCAUUUUCCGUCAUUUUCUCCUUCUCUACCAGAACAACGGAGCUGACGCAAACUUUUCCCCUUUUCGUUUUAUUUUUUGGUGAUAGCCUGAACUAUUGAUUUAUUGAUGCAAAUGUCUUCUAAAUUUGGUCAACGCUAGCCUGUUAUCACGAAUUUGCUAGGAGAUUGCAGACAAUGAAAACAGAAAAUAUUUUGAAUUGACAAUAAUGUGUGAUACCCUCUUGAAAUAAACUGGAUUGCUAUCAUUGAAUUUUACCGAUAAGAAAGCACUAAAAAUUAUCAUGUCGCUGGCGCCUUAAUUUUCAGUUUUGGUUUGGUCUCUUUCAGGCGAAUUGACGUUCAGGAGGAAGAGGAAGUCAAUGGAUGGGUUCCACUCGCAAUAAAAAUAUCAACAGACUCCAGUGGAAUGCGUAUUACCAAGAUUGAUGAGGUAAGGUUGCUGUUUUCUUGCUGUUAUUUUAUUCGCUUUCUUCAUUGUACUUUGUACCACAAAAGUUAGCACGCUUAUUUCCGUUGAAGGAGGUGAAGCCCUCUCCCGAUUGCUAGAUGAUAAAAUUCCUAACAUUUGAUAACUGACAUUUCCCCGCAAAAAUGACGUUGGUUCGCCUGCGUGCACUACUUCUAAAGCUCUCUAUUCACGUGGUACAAAACCACCACGCUUAAGAGCAAGUGAAGCAUUUGUAGAAGACAACAAAGGAUAUUAUCAUUUUAAAUGAUUUAAGCCAUCUGAUUGUCUGGUCCCAGUGCGUCCCUCCGUAGCCAGUAUUGCGGUUUUGUACCACGUGAAUGUCUAACUGUAAAGGGCCUAUAAGUGCACUAGCGUUGGAAUGUGCUCCAGCUAUUCGCUCGCUUCACGAUGGGGUACAGGAAUCUGAUUUACGUUUUGGUCUUUAUUCUUCUUUGACUUAUGCUAACAAUCUUAAUCUUCAUCUUCUUACUCUUUUUCUCUACUCAAUCCUUACUAAGCGGUUCAAGUAUAGUAAAGAUUUUUAUCAGGUAGCCAAAAGCUGGACAUGAUUGGGUUAGUUGACCUUGGGAAUUAAAACAAGGUUAUCUCAGUGUGGGUAAUAUUUUGAUAUUAUUGAACCUGGAUGGUUUCGAUCGGCAAGAAGCUCAGUACAAACCAAUGAAAAACUAAAAGGUUGUUAACAAACCCAAACAGGAACUUGAACAAUACUAAUCAACCAAGGUCAGCUCUAACAUCACAAACACGACCACCUAUGAAAAAGCAAUAACAUCUGACAAUGGCAAGCGAAGAAUAUUCCUAAAAUGGCAUUAAGUAAAUUCGCGACCUAAGCAUAAAUUCAAGCACAAGUAAAAACAAAAGAUCAAAACAGGAAAAAACCUAUGUGGACAAAAUCAGGACUAACCUUGACCCACUUAAUGAAACAAUAACGAAACUUAAAAGGAAAUACAAAUCUUAAAAAUAACUUUCAAAAUACUUCACAACACUAGGAAGCUUUUCGUCGAACACUUUUGCAUUUUUACUCAUGCCCCUUGAACUGCUAAGCGUCUUAUUUUUAAGACUUAAAGUCUUAUUAUUUCAAAUUGGGUUUGUCAUAUUGUUUGCGAAUUGCUAAGGAAUAUGUCACACAUAGGAAGGACUUUCAGGUUAUGUAGACCUUUAGAGGUUGUUGAAGUAAUUAUUUGCACUCGCUAAAAAAUCAAUUUAUCAAUCAGUCUUUAAGAGAUUCAGUGUAAAAGUUUGUUUUUUUAAGUGAUCCAAAUCACUUUUAUAGAUUUCCAUUUCCAUUUUCUUUUCUUCUUGAAUUCUUGAUGUGUUUAAGGACUUUUAAAAUAUUGUUGCUCAACCAACCGUGUUUUAAAGGCAUUUAAAUUUGUCGAACCUUCACCUCUAAACAUUGCUUGCUGUAAGUUAACAAUGCCAGGAUGCCUUACAAUCCAGGCUAGAGCAACGUUUACGUGUAUCUACUUAAAACAGAAGCCUUACAUGAACAGUAAAACAUUGCAGUUCCAUUGAGUCCUAAGUGAAACCUCGUUUAAAUAACCGGCCCUAAGAGUUUUUGUGUCUUUGUCUUCAGAAUCAAAAAGUAAAAUGUUCAGAAAACGAAGUGGUGUACGAUCUGUUAGCCACGGUGGGUCACGUGCAGGACCUCAAGUCUGGCGGAAACUUGGUGGCACAUAUUCACGUUGGUACAACAUAUCACAGCCGAAAGGAGGUAUGUGUUUAGGGGCUGGACUAGCAGUGUUUGUUCCCUAUGCUAGAAGCCGUAUACCAUGGAAAAGAGGCCUUUACUAGCAGGGAAUUUGGACUACGGUACUACGCGUUGCACAUAUGUGAGCGGCGAAUUUCAAUUUUCCCUCCCUUAAAUUGUGUAAGCGUUUACGAACCUUUCGCGGGACAAAACCAUUCUAAAUUGAUGGGAGUACCGAUCUCCUCCCUUUGUCGAGCAGACAUAUCGUGCUUCCCGUCUUUGGAACGGAAAGAACUAGCCCGGCCAAACAAAUGGCGUCAAUUUGUUAAAUUUAGUAAUUAGCUCAGGCGAACAGUGCUUCUCUUUUUCAGGGUGUCACCUGUAGUCAGUGGUACUUGUUCAACGAUUUUGCCAUCACCCCGAUCUCGCCGGUAAGUUAACUUUGAAAGUAGUAUUCAGUUUCUUAUAAUCACGCUAUCAUCAGUCGUUCUCUACAGUUGAUUUCCUAUUGUAAUGUUUCAGAACGAUGCUGUUCAUUAUUCGUUGGAUUGGAAAAUACCGUGUGCCGUUGUGUUUACACGCAGAGAUAUUAACAGCCGUCACGAAACCACAAGUAAGUGGAUGGCCAAUCGCCUUGUUUAGGUUUAUUUCCCGCGGAUUUUUAUGUCAGAGGAAGAAAUGAACUCUUCCACUGAGGAACAUCAGUCUCCCGUCACCAGUGAUUUUUUUGAAAAAAAAAAAACAUUUAAAGAAAGUGGAUUUGGACGGAUUUGAUGGAUUUGGUGAAUUAGCCCUUUUUCAAGUUUGACGCCCUCAGUAAAGUCUUUAUCGUAGACACCUCCCUGAAAACGAAUGCCGGAAUAAGUUAUUCUGACGUAUUUAGAAAUUUUACGGUGUUUGUUUGCUUCAGGCCUUUUUACACUUGCCUGAUUAAGUUCGUUGCAUGGCUGCCUGUUAACUCAGCUGAGAGACGCCGUUUUGGAUUGCUAAAGUAGUGUUCUGCACAUGAGCAGAUGGUAAAACCUCUGACAAAGAUUAAAAUUCAAUCGGGUUCAUCAUUUCCGUUUGAACGAAGCAAAAGACUCAAUUCAAGUACCUCAAUUCAAAUUAGUUCGGAUGAAGUACCAUUCACCUUAGCGGCAGAGCCUUUCUUUUGCUUGCUUGAUUUGGCGUACUCGAGAAACAAUGCAUAAAUCGAGCAAGAUCUCUGUUGAGCAUGCGCGGCAUGUUUUUAGGCUACAAUUCCUUACCCAGGCCUACAAUGGAGGCCAAAAUUCUUAGGACAAUUAACACGAUCUGCCUUAAUUUUCCCCCUUUCCCCCUCUCCCCCAAGCAAUGUUGUAGUUUGUGCACCCCUGUACACUUUGCCGUGUCUUAAAAGUGUUUGUUCAUCCCGACAUUGUUUGGAGGGGGGAGGGGAGGGCCAGUCGCGGUGUCCAAGUGGUUAGAGAAGUGCAUAUUAUGCUACAUCUGAAUAUUUGAUAAGUUAAGGAUGUGGAAGGAUGGUUUUCCAUAACCGUUCCAAGAAUUUUUGUCCUCCAUUGUAGUAGCCGAGCGCUUGGCUCGGCGGGCUCAGUUCGGACCAUCGGUUUAUCAACAAACGGGUUCUUACACACGAAAAAAGGCGUGACUUCAAAGGCUUGUCGCGAUUCAGGUAAAGCCUCAUUUUCUUCUCCUUGAUCAAAAAGAAAACGAGAGGAGGCUUUGCUCGUAGGGUGGUACCGUUGAACUUAGUGCUUGGAAAUGUGUUAUCCCACUUAACCCGUUCCCUGCCAAAUUUCGCCAAAAGCAAAAUUUGUCCAAAUUUCAUUUUGUAAAAUUUUGGAAAACAAAAAGCACCAUGUAUAAGUACAGGCAGAGAGCUUUCAUUUGAAUGGUCACUUCAUAGGAUUUCGUCCGCAGACUCAAAAGUUAGAGUCGCCUAACAAAACUCCAUCAAACAAUCUGACGGUGAAAGGGAUUUCUUUACAAAAGAGCGUAGUAGCUGAUGCUCACGAGUGCUUUUUCUUAACUAGUCAACCUGAGAAUUGAUGACGGUGUACUUUACCAAGACGUGUCUCUGGUUAGGAGGGGAAGUGUGUCCCGGGAAUUUACUCCUCUGGGCGUUGACGAGCUUCCUAACGAAGGAGAUCUCGUAGGACUAGACGCUGAGUUCGUAACUUUGAAUCAGGUGGGAAGUAUGAUCUACUGAUCUUGCCUUGGCGUUUCUAUUGUGUAUUAUUUUGCUCCAAAAUAACCCUCAUAAAGUGGCCAACCUUGUACUCAUCAGAGCGUGUGUUUCAGGCUACCUCAGCUGUCCGCUACAGAGGUUGCAAGUGGUGUAGGUUCUAAGGGAGUAAUGAAAGAUCUCACAUACUAAAACACUUCUCGUCACAUUUGUUUAGUUUGGAGGUUUUUCUCCAGUUGAUUUAGUUUUUUCACCUACCUCAAAACCCACGUAGGAACGUAACGAUCCGACAUACGGCGACGCCAACGAAAUCAUGUCCAAAAUCAUCGCUUCGCAAGCUUUUUCGCGAUUAUCCCAAGUGGCCCAAUUUCUUCAGAGAAGAAAAAUUUGUUUGGAACUGAAUAAGGAGAAGGGACCUCGUCCAAGUUCAGGCAGAGAUGGUAACAUUUAUCGCUUUACCCGGUUCCCGUUCUCAAGUAAACUGUUAAUUAAGUCAUUUCACGACGUAGCUGUCCAGGGACGGCAAAGAAAUUUGCAAAAGGAAGUGUGAUGCUCGUACAGAUGAGUUGAUUUGCUUCCGAGCUACUGUGUCUUAGGCGUUCGCGUUGCUGUCGCCGCCGUAGUUUCGUAAGGUACCUAUCUCCCAGUGCCCGCGGCCUUCGAAACUAUGUCAAUUUACUGAUCGAUUUAUUGACUUAUCUUGUAUUUAGUUAGAACAAUCUGACACUUUUUUAUUUUAUUUUCGCUAGGAGGAAGCUGAGAUCAGGAGCGAUGGUACGCGGUCUACAAUAAAACCCAGUCAAAUGAGCGUGGCACGAGUUACUGUUGUCCGUGGGUAAGAUAACAGCUGGAUUAAGGAAUACCGUAAACUGCCGCAUUUAAGCCACUCCCCCCCGGCCUCCCAACCCUAUAAGCCCCCCAGUUAUAGACCCAUCUACCCGUAAACAAAAGCACCCCCCGCUCCCCUUGGAUCUAGGCAACCAUCUAGCUUUUCUCGCAUUCCAUUUGUUAUGACGUUUUGAAGCUUGACUUAAGACCAGUAAAUGCAAAGCAUAUUUUGAGCAGCACUGCUAUAGCUUGCACCUUGUCUAUUCCGGUUAUAAGCCCCAUUGGAUAUAAGCUCCUCCGUUUAUAAGCCGCCCUAAAACCCCUUAGGAAGAUGUGCAAGCCUACUGCUUAUAAACUGCAGUUUAAGGUAUUUUUAUGUAUAAUAUGGUAUUUUUCGUAUCCUGCAUUUCGUGCUUUACCUCAGCUGUUUUUGAAACGGAUUCGAAUUUAAAAACCUUACUUUUUGGCGUUGUUAUUUUAUAGUGAAGGACCGUUGGCCGGUGUACCAUUUAUAGAUGAUUACAUUUCAACUACAGAACAAGUAAGUGAGAUCUGUGAAACUUACUCGUUACGCCGGCCUACAGCCUAAUGUAUGAUUAAAAUCGUAAGACUUGUUGCCUCUGCAAAUAUCUAUCUCAAGAUACUUGGUAAUUAUAAUGCCCAUAGUGUUAUUUGUGAAGUUUUUUAGGAGGAGCCAUCUACUAUACCAGCACUGUUACUGACAGGCCAUAUUGUUAAGGAGCCGUUACUUAUAUUAGAAUAUUAGUGAGGUUAAUCGUCCAUUUUGCUAAAAAUCUAAUUGUAUUAUUUUCAAAACAAUGCAAACCUCGCCCUUGAAUGUAAAUGCGGAAACCUAAAAGAGCCAAUAUUCCGGACCCGAAAAGCUGCCGCAGAGAAACAGGCCUUUUGCUCAGAGACUUUUGGCGGGAAACGGUUUUUAUUGUUAGAUGUCAUGUGACUUUGAAGGGACCAAAACGAUAGCGCGCUUUUGGGGAAAACAUUCCUGCUACUGUAAAACACUGUUUAAUACCAGUACGUCAUCUUUUCACUUAUUUUACCCUCUAAACAGGUACUCUUUUUUUCUUAGUCUGUCGAACAAAAAACAUUUAGAUUUGGGCGCGAGACUGGAGAUGCCUCUUCUCGCGUGUCGUGGCUUCGUCGCCGCUUGCGUGUGACGUGUGUCACUUCACUAACUUGAAGGAGGAUAGUAAAUUGUUCGUGGUCGUUUGACAAUCACAGUGCAUUGUAUGCAUAUGUUUUCUUGCUGCCGUUUCUUUGUUCCAGGUCGUUGAUUAUCUUACGAAGUUUUCCGGCAUAAAACCGGGCGACUUAGACGCCACAAUGUCAUCCAAGCAUCUCACAACUCUCAAAACAACUUAUCGCAAACUACGAGCAUUAGUAGCCAGGAAAGUGAAGUUUGUUGGUCACGGGCUGAAGAAGGAUUUCAGAGUCAUAAAUAUUCUGGUAGGUGGCCUGCUUUUGUUGCUUAAACGGAAUCCGAUAGAUUAUCACACUUCAUAAAGAGCUAAGCUUCCGUACUUUUGUAGACUGAAUUAAAAGCUAUGAUAGAAUAACCACUUUUCCAGGUUGUUUGAUGGGUUCUUUUAAAAAUGUGAUGUGAUGCGUAGUUACUCGUUAAGGUGUCAAAGAAGCAAUCAUUUGGAGGUUUAAAAUCAUAAUUGGCAAGAAAAUCUAGGACACCUGGCCCACAAUUUUGAAAGCAAAGCGUUGGCUUUGUAAGGGUCCUGUACACUGCCUUCAUGAUUUCUGGAAAAAAUCUUUGGACUUUUCGUUCCUUUUAAGUGUGUCUCUGGUCCUUUUGAAAGAAUUGCUCUCAUUUGGGCCUGUUCAAAUUGAUUUUGUUGUCCUGCACAAGUUCUUCAUCAAUCUCACGUAAGAGCGAUGACGUCACAAUCAAUCCAAGGAUCUUUACCCCCCGCUUUUUCUAAGAAUUACUCGUAGUGACGAAAUAAUUUCUCGAUUGAGUGACGGCUCUAAGUGUAACACGUUUUCUCUAUUUUUUUUUUUGAUAGGUACCAAAAGAACAGGUAUUCGACACAGUAGAACUAUUUCAUCUUCCCCGUCAAAGAUACAUUUCUCUCCGAUUUCUAGCGUGGUAUUUCUUAGGUAACCUUUUUCUUUUCCUGUACUUUGGUCUUCCGUAGCUCUUCUUUUCACCAAUUACACAUACAGUGCAACCUCGGUAUUACGAACCCCUCCCUUUACAUAACAAACAGUCCGGAAUAACGAAGGGUGUUUUUCGCACAGCCGUGGUUAUUGUAAAAUAUUUGGCAACAUACCACUCCUUCCCCUCCGCAUAGAAUAAACAUUUUCCAGUUCGAGGUUCAACUGUAUGCAGUGUGGUGCGUAAUUAUAUUGAUUGAUUACGGAACUGAAUUGCAUUCUCGUUCCCAGAGCCCCCUGUCCCUCUCAGCCAGCAGGGGCCUCCGCGCGAGGACAUAAACUGAAUAACUAAGACGUAAACCUUUCUAUUGAAUAAUUCAAUUUAACCUUUUUUAUUGUCAUUUUAGGUUUAACCAUCCAGUCAGAAACUCACGACAGUACUGAAGAUGCAAACACAGCUUUACAACUUUAUAGGAAAUACGAAGAGUUAAAUACCAAAGGCGAAUUUCGAAAGGUUUUAAGACAGCUUUAUGAGGAUGGCAGAAAGAGUGGAUGGAAAGUAGGGGAGCCGACUUCCACAGAGUGAGGAGACUUACUUAAGAACGUGCUCCAAAGUAUCGUAAGCGUUCGAUCGCGGUCACAUAAUCGUCGCCCAAAGUACAAAGAAAUGUGGAAACCGUCUCCACAAGAUCUCAUCAAGGAUAUGUUAUUUGUAGAGCUUUGCCUCUCUAUCAUUACAGUAUUUACUGAAACGUUUUCCAGCAUAGCUUAAAGGAACGACGUAAGUUUCAACGUGUUUCAGAGUGCUUAGAAAGAUGGAUGCCCUUAACACACGCGUACAGCAUAACUUUGCCUGUCUUUCUCUUUAUCAUUAAAAGAACGUUUUCGUAACUCGAAAAACACGUACAUGUGGUUUUAGAAUUUGGCAUUGCGGGUACGCGAGCUAAAACAAACAUUCGCGCGCCCGAUAAAAGGUCUGCAAUACAUGCUAAGUAUAAAUCAAAACCAACCUCUCUGAGCUGACAACUCGUUAACUAGACUCUGCUUUCUACUUGUAAAAAUGUAAAGUGCCUGGGAAUAAAGGCAAUUGUCAAUGUUGAUAAAGUCUUGGUUUUUACAAGUUUUCCUUCCUUGCCACACAAGGUAGAAAUGCCUUGCAUGCGUGAAGACCAGUUUUGAAAAAAAUAAAAUUAAAAUUUUAAACAACCUUUAGG